AUGGGUGAAGAGAGGAAUCUGGGUGUGUCCCAUAGGAUGCUCUCGCCAUCUCGGAGUACCAGCAGCUGUUCCUCCAAAUUGGGGAGUCGUCAGGUACCCGCACACUAUUGUUGUACUUUUUGGGUUAAUAAAAAACCAUGUACAAUGUUUACCUCUGUAAGGAAUACUUUGCUGUUUUAUUUUGUUUGUUUUUUAAAUUCAGAAGAAUUUUUAUUGCCAAUUAGAGGAAGAAGCGUAGUAGUCCCAACUUUGAGAUGAAAUUGAACCAAUAUGCACGUGAAAACUGUACAUUAUACAAAGUAGAAAACAUUCAAAAAAAUCUACGCUUUAUUGGAAAAGGUGGGGAACGUAAAGCUUGUUGGUUAAAGAUUUUCUCAUUGAAGCUUUAUAAAUCAUGUUACGUGAAUCAGUAGAGUCCCAAUCAAUGUAAAUAGCAGUGUUGACCCCUCUGUCAUGCAUGGAAUAAAUUGGCUUUCGUUAAAAGUUUUGUUACUUCUUGAAUGGGGGGCCGCCCAUCCUCUUUCAAUUUUCAGCUGAGAUAAGAAUGUGGUAAAUAACAUUUUAGCUCUGUAGAACUUUGGGAAGUAAAAAGAAUAGAAAAACAUUGAAAAAUUAGUAGUAGCUUGAAUUGGGUUGUUUCUAAAAUGGUAGGUUGGGAAGGUAUUUUUAUUUUUAUUUUGACCUGCAAGUAAGUGGUGACCCUUUUGUGAUCUUUGGUGAGUGCAGACCUCCAUAAGCACUUCUUUGCUGUCAGACGGCAGCAUUGUAUCCAAGUGAGUCCUGGGACUGGAAGGAGCGUCUUCUGGGGUUUACAACAGCCUGGACUAUCGGGGAUCCAAGACACCUGCUGGACCACCAGAGAUCAUAGCCCCCCUACUGCAGAAAGGGGGAAAAGGAGUGGGUGGUGCAAAAUACAGAGCAUUACCAGACACAUCAACGACAGCCAGCAUAAUCCUAGUGUUGAUAUGACUAACUACCACAACAAGAGGACAUAGUCUUAAAUUAGAGUGGGAAAGGUUUAAAAAUAAUUUCAGGAAUUAUUCAUUUGCUGAGAGGGUAGUGGACGCAUGGAAUAGCCUUCCACUCCCAGCUGAAGUGGUAGAAGUUAACACAGUGAGGGAGUUUAAGCAUGCGUGAGAUAGCCAUAAGGCUAUCCCAGACUGAAGAUAAGGCCAGGGACUAAUGAAAGUACGAAAAUUGUGCAGACUAGAUGGGCUAUCUGCCGUUUCUAUGUAACAUAAUAUUUUUUUUUUUUUUUGUCCUUGUAAUAGGAUUUGGUGGGAAUUGAUAAAUUGUGUAAUAUAAAUGAGAUCACUAAUAAAAAGGGAAGUUAACUGCAGAGCGACUAACCGCUGUUUAAAUGUAGAUGUAUACAGUAUUUGGGUGCACCCCUUACUCCCCAGAAUGGGGAUCUAUGUAUGGCAAAGCUGUAAUUCCUUCCAGAUAAAGCUUCAUUUGUCUUAAGGUCCUGUUGGGUAAUGAAAUCCCAUGCAUUCUAUUUUACUGGGUCUCAGUGGGAUGUGGCCUUGCGGAGUGCAUUGUAUAGGAUGUAGUAAGAUUAGAGCUUUAACUGCAAGUACAGUAAGGCAACACAGAGCAGCAAAAGUAUAUUAUUUGAUUAACCCCUUCACUGUGGAAGAUUCUGUCCUCAACCAUUGUACUUUGCUGUUGGCCACAUUUCUGUAUCCCCAGAAUAUAAUGAAGUGCCAAGAGGCACUGGUGCUUCCUCAUUGUGGCCGUGCAUGGGGUAGACCCACUCGUGCAGCCCAUAUCUCACCCCUGUACCUACAGGAACAAGAGAGCCUUUCCAUGAAAGAGUAAAUAUUACAAAAUUGGCUAUCACCAGCUGUAACAAAAAAUAAAAAAUAAAGAAAUAAAAAUGUUUGCUUUGUUAAAGCCCUUUCCCUCUCUUGCUUCCCUUGUUUAACCUUAGAAACAAGGUUCCUCUCUUUGAAAUGAUUUGAAAACCUCAAAACACUCCUAUUGCCCUAUUGGAUUAUUUUAGAGGGGUAUGCUAUAUCUUAUUUUAAAGAAGAGAUUUAACCCACACAGAAAGCUGAAAGAAUAUAAAUGCAAGUGGAUGCAUUCACUCCCUCUUUAGUUUAAAAUCGUUGCUUUGUGCAUAUUCCGUACAUAUUCUCUAUACUUUGGUUUAAAAUUGGUUCUUUUAGUAUGUGAACCCUAUACAGUCUCCGAAAGCAUCCGGCCAAUUGUUGCCUAUUCAGUCAGUUUGACCAAGUUCUGACUGGAAUUGGCUUUAGAAUAUAUGAAAACUUCCCUUUUUACCUUCUGGUCAGAAUUUAGCCAUGUUCACUUGAUUUCAUGAUUUCUUGUUAGAUGUACAUAAAAGAAUAAAAAUAAAAUAUUUUUAAAAAGAUACAUGUUUGUAAAAAAGCACACAAACUCAGAAAAACAAGCACUCAAACAGAAAUGAAGCAUAUCCACAUCUAAAUACUGGUACCCACCUAAACACAACCUGCACCUUAGUAGUUGUUGACCAUUGGGGAUGUAGGCUUGCCAUGCAUUCUUAUCUCCCCCUGCUUGUUCUGAAGCCCGUCCAUGACAGGUAUUGUACUACUCUCCGUUCUUCUUUCCCUCUGUAGACAUUAAGCAUUCCUUAUACUGAGAUUGUCUCUCUACUCCUAAAACUGAGGGAAGGGUAGAGAAAGGGAUUGUGUCCAUGGGCACUUUGGCGCUGCCCGACUCUUUGUCAAACUCCUGGAAUGUCUGAUCAUUAUGUGAGCUAUGUGAUAAAACAGUGUGUUUCACUAGGGUCAUCAUAUGUCAGAUAAUCAAGUGGAUUCUGACACAUGUCUGCGGAUUACUAGAAUUUUAGUGACAACCGGGGGGCUAAUUGGUCCACAAAGGGCAUUAAAACCCUGCUCUUCAACCAGCCAGCCUGCCUCUCAACUGCAACAUAAACCUGGAGUUGAAAAUGUAAUGGUUGAAAAAUCCCACCAGGUCAGCACCCACUAGCAGGGCCGGUGCAAGGAUUUUUGCCACCCUAGGCAAAAGAAGGAUUGUUUCUGUGAAUGUAAGGGAUGCAGUGUGUGUGUCUGUAAGGGGUGCGUUGAGUGUGUGUAAGAGAUGCAUUGUGUUUCUGUGUGUGUGUGUGUAAGAGAAGCAGUGUGUGUUUGCAUGUGUGUGUAAGGGAUGCAUUGUGUGUUUCUGUGUGUAUGUGCAAAGGAUGCAUUGUCUUUAUGUGUAAGGGUUGCAUUGCGUGUUUCUCUGUGUGUAAGGGAAGCAUGUUGUGUUUCUGUGUGUAUAGGGAUGCAUUGUGUGUGUGUGCGCGUGGUGUGAAAGAGCUCCCUGUCCCCCUGUCCUAUAGAGCUCUCACUUCCAUUCCUUAGAGAUCUCUUCUCCCCCCGCCCCACCUCCCUUAGUGGUCUUCUUUUCUCCCCGACUUUACAUUAGUGGUCUUUCCUCUCCCCCCACCCUCCCCUAGUGGUCUAUCCUCCACCCCCUCCCUUAGCGGUCUCUCCUCACACCCCUCCCCUAGUGGUCUCUCCACCGCCCCUCCCUCCUUUAGUGGUUUCUCCCUCCCCUACGUUCUCAUCUCCACCCCCUCAUGUUCUCCUCUUCUUCUCCCCCCGUGUUUUCCUCUUAUUCCCCCCUCCCUGUGUUCUCUCCUCUUCUCUCCCCCCUGUACCUUCUUCUCCUCCCUGUAAUCUUCUCCCUCCCUGUAAUCUUCUCCCUUCCCUCCCUGUAAUAGCUUCUUCUUCCCGUAAUCUUCUUCUUUCUCCCCUAAUCUUUCUCCCCCUCCCUCCCAUCAAUCAUCCCUCCCAUCAAUCAUCUCUCCUCCCCUAUCAAUCAUCUCCCUAUCCCAUCAAUCAUCUCCUAUCAAAUCAUCCCCAUCAAAUCAUUCCUCCCAUCAAAUCAUCUCACCAUCUCCUAUCCCAUCAAUCAUCUCUGCACCCCCUUACAUCAAAUCAUCUCCCAAUCAUUCUCUAUCCUAUCAAUCAUUCCUAUCAAAUCAUCUCUCCUAUCAAAUCAUCUGCCUCAGUUGGCCUUCCUCCCUCCUGCCAAUCAUUCUAAUCAUUCCCAAUCCUAUCAAUCAUUCUCACAUCAAAUCUCUUCCCCUAAUCUCAUUCUCAUCCUAUCAAAUCAUCUGCCUCAGUUACCUCUCUAAUUACCCUCUCCUAUCAAUUAUCUCUAAUUACCUCUGUACUUACAUCAAAUCAUUUCUAAUUAUUCUCUAUCUCUAUCAAUUCAUCUCUAUCAAAUUAUUUCUAUCCUAUCAAAUGGCUUCUAUCCUAUCACCAUUCUAUCAAAUUCAUUCCGUCUCUAAUUACCUCUCUAUUGUUACGUUUUUGCAAGGAAGUGCACACACAGUGUGCACUUCCUGCAGUCCGGCCGGGUCGCGGACCGGAAAGGAGCUCGGCCACGCUACAGGGCAGGGGAGGUGAGGCACUGUGGCAGCCGCCUGAGCGCUCAGGCGGCUGCAGAAUUUAAAGGGCCGGCGAAGGGGGCGCAUGGCGCCCCCUCCUAUAUGGCGCCCUAGGCGGCUGCCUAGUUCGCCUUAUAGGAAGCGCCGGCCCUGCCCACUAGCAAUGUCUCUGCCUCAUUGGUUAAAGAAACACUCUAAGCACCAUAACCACUACCAGGACUACUCUCCUUCCCCCAUGUAAGUAGACAAACAGUUCAUGUAACUUCUUACCUGGGAUCCAUUUGACGACGAUGACUGCUUACCCAUAGCCAGAAUGGAGAGCCUGAAGUUUCCGGUUGUUUGGAGUCAGGGAGUGGUAACUGGUAACAACUCAAAUCAUUCAGAAAAGAAGGUUUGACUACUUACAUUUGUGGGGUCACCAGGGCACUCCUGGAACCAUGAUAUGUUGCUUAUUAUGGUGCUUGGAGAGGAUCUCUAAAAGAAUCAAAGUAAUUAUAAAUAUUGGUAUGACGUAAGAGAAAAGAGAUAAACCCUUGCUUCUUCCAAUAACAAUAAUUAAAAUAAAGGAACACAUUUAAAUAUUGCGAUAUAAUGCUAUUCCAUCAACAGACCUCUUGUUAUGGUUAUCAGAAAACCAUAAUUAGUGUAUUUGAACAUCACUACAUAGAGCAGGCUCGCCUCUAGCCAGUGGGUUUCUUCGUAGACAGGUUUGAUUCUACAACAGAUGGAAAAUCUAGUUUGUAUAAAAUUGUGGUGAAUCUAUAUACUUCAGGGUGGGAGAGAAAGGGUACAGGCCUUGGGGUUUUUUUUGUGUUUUGUUUAAUGUUUACUAAAAUAGGGCUUGUUUCACUAGAAAUCUGUCUGUCUCUCAGGGCUAUCAAAUGGUAUUUCCACAAAUGUAGAACUGCAACUGCCAUGAUGUUUUUAGAAUGGCAAAGUAUCGUGGAGAUUUCAGUUCUACAAUUUCUAUAGCUCUCACAUCCGCUCACACCUAAUCUAGAGUGAUCUAUCACUUGAUCCUGUCUUUGUAUUAUGAAUAUUGAUUGAUUUGUACCUUUGGGCAUGACAAGCUCUUUAUUAUAAAAUUUCAGGAAUCUGGCAGCUAGCUGACAUGCUAUGGACUUCUUUGUACCCUGUUCUAAAACACAUUUUAUCCCCGCAAAGAUUUUUUUUAUUAAGAGAUAUACUUAAUAUCAAUAAUGCAACAGUAAAUCUGCUCUACCAUGGAUACCAUAAAUCAGGCACAGUCUUUGAGUGACUUUUUCCCCCAACAUCUACUAGUUUCCUUUAUAGAUUUUUAGACUUUUAAAAACAACUUUAUUUUAGUUAAUAAAUGUACACCAUGUGCAUUCCUUUUACAAGUGCUAUAGAACUGUACUGUCCUACAAAAGCUUAAACCUUGGGGACUUCCUGAUUUUUCUUGACAAACCAAUAAUAACCAAAAUCCUGAGGAUACAAAUUCAAAAACCAAACAAAACCGCACAUAGCUUUGACCAUCCUAUUAAAUGAAGAAACACACUUUUGUCUAAAUAAAUAAUGGCCACGGAAUUCCUCGAAUAGACUAACCUCCGUGGCCUUUAUGCCUGAAGAUCCCUUCUGGAACUUUGACAGUCAUAUGGGUUCCCCAGAUAAAUAAGCAAUUUUAUUCUACCUUCCUGAGUGAUAAUGACACAAAUUCUAUGGUCUUCAAAGUCCUGUUAUUGAGGCACAAGAACAAACCUAAAAAACACAUUCCUACAUAGAAAUUCAAAUCCAGUGUAAAAAUGUUGCUGAAAGGAGGCAGAAGAAUCAAAGCUUCUAAUGUUUGCCUAAGAAAAUUUGACAAAUUUAACCCCUUAAGGACACGUGACAUGUCACGAUUCCCUUUUAUUCCAGAUGUUUGGUCCUUAAGGGGUUAAAAGGGAUAUCACCCAUUUUUCAGGCAUUUACACAUAGUGCAUUAAAAACAGUUAAUGUUCAAAACUGAUAAUUAUAAGUCACUUGUGGAAGCUUUACUAGGAAAUACGUUACCCCUCUGGUACCUCAAUGUUACCCACGACCUAGCCAUUCUAUCCUAGAUUCCUAGCCAAUCCCUGGCCUACUAUUCCCUUGCAUGGAGAGGACGAGAGAAUAUGCAUGUGUUUGUCAACCUGUGUGCUCACGUUAACUAAUUCCUAAUACAGUGUUAAGGAGAGCUCACACACAGCCAUGUCACUGUGGCAUUCCCAUUGAUAACAAAUUCUGAAUCGGGCUAUCAGCAGAUUCUGCGUAUUAUAUGGACUCUGGUGCACUCCGGUUUAGACGUGUAGAGAAAAAUCUCUACAAUGAGGAAAGAUGUAUAUUUUUUUUAAUUCACUGGUUUCUUGCUACAUAGCUGCCUGGAAUGUUGUUGUCAAAACUCUAGUUUAAGUCAGAUUCUGCAAUAUGGAAUUUAAAAAAUUAAAAAUUGAAAACAAUGUGGGAGAAUACAUGCAAUCUGUAGGAUAGAGAUUGGCAUUUUACCAAUGUGUUGUAUACAUUAGGCACAAAGUGAUCUAGCAUUACGAUAUCUUCAUUAUAAUUUUGUUUUAACACACGUUAGUGCUCAUAAACUGUGAUUUGAGCAAUUCCAUUCUCAUGGAACUGGAAAUCUGCUUCAGGCUCCGUCAUUGAUUAGUUUUAUUAUAUUUAGCUGUUGGUGAAAGGUUGCACAUUCCACGGUUUCUUUAGAUUAACCGAAGCACUUUAAUGUCAUUUAAAAUUACAGCCAGUAACAAACACAAAGAACAAUCUCUUUUACCGACAUUCAUUCAAUAGUGAAACUUUUUAAAAUAAUCCCUCGAUUCAAACGGAUUCAAUUGUUGCAGCUUCUAAGCAACGGAUAAUUUGUUUCCAACACCGAAUCUUACUAUUUGUACCCAGUAUUGUAUUCAUUCUGCACAAUAAAAUGUCAUGGUGUCUUUGCAUGCACUGAUGGUGAAAUUUGUGUAUACAGUGGUUGCUAUGACAGUAUUGUUCGGCUAUCAGUAUGAAGUAUGUUUUAGGCAGGACUGGAGAGGUGGAGAAACCCAUAGUGCAUGGCCUCAAGGCUGACAAGAUGUCAAUUUGCACCUGCUUUAGGUUGCUUUUUAGCCACUCCUGUUUAAGGUAAAUGAAAAUCCUCAUUCAUUGGUAUAGCUGCUGUUGCUAUGGGAAGAUGCCUGUCAUGCUUCGCUUUGUCAUGUUGUCAGAAACUAUGUAAAAUGAUCUUAGUCUGUGUCAGUGUUGUCAGUCAGCUAACACAAUUAUUCAUAGAUUAUAAGGAAACUCCUUAGUAAAGAAUGCAACGCCUUCCUCGUCUAACCUGCUGUGCAUUCACUAGCAUUGAUAGCAUGAGGACACAAACGAUUUAACACUGGAGAAAAGGAGAAAGGCGUUGUGGAAUGGUCUGUAUUAAAGGGAAAUUUUGGGAUUUGCCAUUAGGGGGCACUACUGAGUAUCUGGGAUAAUGACGAGGCAAUAUUUAUUCCUUAAUGUACAAUUCUCCCUGAAUGUGGCUGCUUUUAGUGUGUCUGUUCUAUGAUGAUUACCAAGGCCCGCAGUCACUUUGCUGUGUAAUUCCAAACUUUGCUUCCCAUUACAACUAUUUCUCAUUUGACUUUUACAUUACUGAUUUGGGAAUGCAUUUAUUUGUAUGUAUAGCAACUUCCUUUGCCUAGAGCCAUGUAUCUAUAAACAGAACUAGGUAACAUAAUAUAAUCUGUAUAUUAUCUGUAUAAUACCACGUCCAUUGAAAUUACGCACACUAAAAAUAUCAGUAAAAAAAAAUAAAUCCUUUUUUUCCCCUUUUCUGUCAUGUAUGUUUGCCACAGUGCCAAAAACAGGAUCCAUGUGGUGGGAGAAAUUCUAUAUAUUUAUGCCACUACCAAAGCAAAAAGUUGAAAAGGUUAUUUUGACUAUUACAUGGGGUUUGUAAACAUGGGUGCAAGCACUGGGGGUGGGGUGAAUUCUCUCCCCAAAAAUCUGGUAUACUUUUUUAAGAUCGUAUAUUUCACUUUAAGAAGGUAAGACAAACAAAACAUAUUAAGAGUUUAUCUAUCCUACUAAUAAGACUACCUAGUGAUAUAGAAUUUAGAAAUUUUUGAAAACUGCAUGGUUUAAUGUUGGUGCUGGGAUAAUUCUGAAAGGCUGGAUGUAUGUAAUUAACAGUGGAACCAUAUGAAGGUUGCUCACCUCUCUGCAUGUGUUAAUAGUCUUCUCUUCAUGUUUUACUGAUCUUGAUAGUAAAAUUAGACAAUGGAAUCUUUUGUGGUAUCAUGAGCUUUGAUCUCUAUUGCUUAAUAAUUCAUUUAAGGCCCAAAGCUGCUCUGCAAUAAUGGCCAAACUAACAAAUUACCAUUUAUUGACAGCAGGUUCGAUAUAUACAUAGCGCUCUAAGCAACAGCAUUGACUUCUUACAGUGACUGUCACCUUCCACAGCUCACUGCCCAGUAACAGUCUAAUUACUGUAUGUCAGAUUCCACCUGUGCUCUCGGCUUAGGUUUGAAAGCCAGAAGCCAUCAUCUGUGUGUGUGUGUGCGUGAGAGUAGGCAGAUGUCUUUUAUAGAGGCAAGUGGUCCUCCAGGCAGUCAUUAAAGUCAAAUAAUAUGCUUAAAGAUUAUGCUUGUUUUAAUAUAGGGUAAAAUUGUAUGAACUCAUUUUUUUACAGUUCAUUAAUGUACAUUUUCUUUUAAAUUUUUAUGAAAAUAAUAUUAUAUAGGACACCGGACAUAAAAUAGAAUCCGUCAUUGAAUAUAUUUUAGUCUGAAGCCUCUAGAGGUGGUCUGUGUGACAGCAGUUAGGAGUAUUGAGAUUUCAAAAUGUAACGUCAUUUCUCAAAAAUGGCAUUGUCUUCACUAACAAGACGACAGGGGCAUCCUCUAUUUCCCAAAGUCAAUUUAUCAAGAUGGAGUGAUUUGGUGCUUAAAUUCUCUAACAAACUCGCUCUCACACUGUAACUGGGGAAAAAAAGAAAAAAAACAACCUAAAACAUGGCAUAAUUCUAAAUGUUUUAAUUUUCUGUUAUGUUCUGAUCAUGAACACAUUUUUUUUCAGCAUCUUGUUUAUUUAUAAUUUAUGACUUGGAGGUAUUUGUAAUAGAAAAUGCAGGUAGAAAUCCUGCUCUUAUAAUUUGAAUUCCAUAGUGUUAAAGAACAAAAAAAAAGUAAUUAUAAUAAACAUACUCAUCUUAGGAGCAUUUAAAGGGAAGUGUUUAUACUGUAUAGGCCAGCUUUUUAAUGUUUUUAUUUUUUAUUAAAGAAUGCAAUCUUAGCCGUAAGGAAGGGUGAGAAAUGUAAAGGACAAACUGUGUGUGUGUGUGUGUGUGUGUUUAUUUUUGUACUUUUUAAUGGCACAGUUACUUUUAUAAAAAAAAAUAAAAAAUUAUACCGGUAUUCUAUUAAUAAAUGUGUGUAUAUGUACAUAUAUGUGUGUGUGUGUGUAUGUGUAUGUAUAUAUAUAUAUAUACACACACACACGUGUAUAUAUACACACACACAUAUUAAAAUAAUAGUAUAUACGAUGUUUAUCAUUUAAAUAUAUAUAUGUAUAUUUGUGUGUGUGUUUAUGUAUGUAAUAUAAACAGGAAGAUUUUUUUAGGUACGUACUGGUAAAUACAGGUAGAACACAUAAUUAUAAGGUUACUCCAACACUUUUUUUUUUAACGGAACAGUUUCUGUUUAACAAUGCUCUAUGGUGCAUUACUAAUGUACCCCUAGCCAUUUUCUUCAAAACCUGUAAAAAAUACUAUACAAUUUAUCUGUAAUCCAGUGCAGGGCAAAGCUCCAGGGGCUUAUCUCCACUCCCCAGUCAACAUCAGUCAACAUCAUGCAGUUGGAGUGUGGGGAGUGUUUAAAAAUAAAUAAAUAAAUAUAUAAAUAUCUAUUGAUUUAUUUACAGGUGGGCGCCUGGUAGGACCACACAGUGGAAGAGAGGUGGUUGGGGGGGACAUAAAUCUUCCCAUUGCAGACCACUUGCCCAAGAGAAGAUUUACACUUGACACCAGUGCCUGCUGAUGGCAAACGUAAUAUUGUAUAUACAGUUUUUCAGGCCACCACAGCUGUUUUCUGGGGUUUUAACUAGUCCUCAGCACAUAAGUGCAGAUUGUGCAGACUCUUACCACCAUGACCACUUCUAAAACGAGAAAUGGUAAUGGUAGUUUGAGUAACCCUUUAACACUAGUACACAUGUACUGAUGAUAAACAAAAUAAAUCAUUAAAAUAUGUAGGCAACUUUUCUCCAUUGAUUAGUUUUAGAUUUAUUAUUUUUUUUAAUAAAAAUAAAAAAUAAUUUGUCCUUUUUAAUGGCAUAGUUACUGUUUAAAACUAGAAAUAUAUAUAUAUAUAAUUUAAAAAAUGAUAAACACCUUCUAUCUCCACCAGGAAUACAUGUCUAGAAAUACUACAUGUGAAACACCAGAUUGCUUACAGAAAUCCAUCAUCUCUACUGGGAACUAAACUCAAAACAGAUUUCUGUGUCUUCACCCCAGCUCACCCAUGGGUGAGGUCAAAGCGAUUUUACUCCUCUGAUAUAUAUUUCUUAAUCAGUACUGUGUACAAAACACAGAAUUGAAUAUCGUAAUCAAAUAAAAACCUUGUUAAUAGCCAAUACUUAUUGCACCAAUGACCUUCAUGCGAGAGUUGCUGCUGUAAAUAUUGAAAUUGUGGCUAUAAUUGAUUUUAACCAACCAUGGAUGACUAUGAUGUAUGUGCUUGAGCGCUAGUAUAGGCUGCCAUCUUCACUAAGUGUAUCCUUGCCAUUUCAGAUUUGUCAGCUUUUUACAGAUAAUAUAAAAGUGAAACUUCACCAUUAUCUGAGUGAUAGCCUGGCUUUGGUUGCUGGGAAAGUCUUAUUUUUGGCAAACCAUAGUUCGUUAAAAAGUGGGGAGACCAAAGAUUCCUUGCACCAUAACCACCACAAUAAGCUGUAAUAUUUAUGGUGUUUAGAGUGCUGUUUUAUGGUAGUGGAAUUGCAGCUACAAUGGAUAUAUGAAUGCCCUAGUUAAUUCCGUGGUUUGGACGUUCUUGAUAUAUUGCAUUAGCUAUGCCACUGGCCUUAUAUUACAAUGUUAAUACGUUGCUUAUGACAUAAUUUCUCAUUACCCAAUCUCUGGUCAUAUACACAUGAGUGUACCGACCUGGAAAGAAAUGAUAAUGAUACAAUUAUUACUCUGAAACACUAACUGUUUAGAAACCGUACAGAGCGCUAAUUUUAUUAUUUUUUUUGUCUUUUUGCUUAUGAGAUUUUAUUUAAUUCCAUGUUCGUAAAAAGUUCAGAGUUCUGUAAUUCUUACUAGGAAGUCAAUACUUUUAAAGCUGAUCUGUCGUCGUGUAUCAUUAUUUCACUUAACUCUUCAAAAUACCCCUCCACUCCCAAAAUAAAAUAAAAAAACACUGUUUAGUAGAUGUACCCAAUAGACUAAUGCACACAUUUAAUUAUGCAUUUUUUUCAUUGGGGGUAUAUCUCAAACAGCUUGCAGAAGCUGCAGAUCUUUUGUCUGGAGCCUUUGUAAGCCCUCCCUUUGUUCCCCAGCCCAGAAUUUUUGUGCUGGCUGAGAAAAGUAAUAUUGCUUUCUGCCAGGGUAGGAGGGGUGGCUGCAGAGAGACUGGCACAAGGCGAAUUUUAUGGCAAGACAGGAGGCUUCAUAUUUGCUUAUCUUUCUUUACUGAACCUCCCAGCAGCAAAGAAAUAGUUAACAAUAGUGUAAAAACAAUUCAACCAAUCAGAGUGUAUAACAGUAUUAUAUGAUGUCAUCAAACUCCUCCCAAGUCCUCUUUCUUUGCUGCUUGCCACCCAGGUGAGUCUGCUCCAAUUAUAUUGCCUUAGGGGUUUUUGCCUUUAAUGCAAUAUUUGAACUAAUUUUCUCAUUAAUUUGUUAAAUUUUAUAGCACCCGUAUCUCUAUUAUCAUUUUUAAAUAAUUUUCUGUGGUAAUGUUUUGUUUAUCAAACAUUCAUUUUCACUAGUUUCUCACACAAUUUAUUGUCAGUACACAAUACCCUUACUACAUAUAAUUAUACCUAACAUGUUGGUUUAUUUAUGUCUCUGAACAGUUUUUAAACUUUAUCUCCAUUGUUCCCCUUUAAAAAUCGGCGGGGUUUGCCUCCGCGAUUUUAUUACAUUUGUGGCCGCGGUUUCCUCUCAAUUCUCAUUCCCAAUUCCCAGGAGUCCGCGGCUCAAUUUUGCGCCCUUUCUCAGAUCCCACCUUCUCGCGCCUGCAAUUACCUGACGCGCUUCCUCCCGCCCUUUUGCUGGCGGCGGCCAACUUAAAACCGCGGUUUACCUUGUUAUUUAUGUGUACCCAAUAGACUAAUGCACACAUUUAAUUAUGCAUUUUUUUUCAUUGGGGGUAUAUCUCAAACAGAUUAAAUAUAUUAACAAUAGGUGUGGAAUAUGUGGCGCUGAGUGGUAAAUAUGAACAGUGUAGUAUAGCUGCUGUAUACACUCUAUGGGUACUCCUAAAAACCCACCAUACAAAGAUAAACACCAAGAGACAAAAAAGAUUUCAGACUUAAUGGGUGUUACCACCCCUUAGGUCUUCUAUCUUUAAGAGUGCAGCGCUGUAUAAUAUGUGAAAACACAGUGAAUUACCUGUGAUUCUAAGACAAUUAUCCUUGAUAUUCUCCAAUGUAAUAUACAUACAAAAGAAAACAAAAAUAUAUACAGAUAAUUGUGCAGUAUAUCUAAUACUUUGGUAAAGAGUUUAGUGAGUAACAGAUAUAUCUACACUCACAUUUUUUAGAGCCUUUUCAAGUGAAUUAGGCUCUAAACUUCCGUGCGUCUGUGUCUUUAAGGGUAGAUCACACGACCCCUCUCUCCAGGUUAAGUGUGUAUUUUCCUCUCCCCAACGUAUAUAAAAGACACAGAAUUAUCCAACUAAGUGUAGCAUCCUUUGUAAUAUUUUCAUACACUUAAAUAAUAAAUUAAAGUGCUCACCUUAUUUAGAGCCUUUUGGUAACUGGCUCUAAGUAUAUAGGCCUAGUGUCAAUUUGUGGGGUGACACUGCCCCUUCCCUGGAAUCACUGGUACUGGAUACAGUGGAUUGUUUAAAAUGAAGAAAAUUUAUUACAGAGUAUAUAGAAUCAAUAUAAAAAUUUCUAGAAAAUAAAAAAUAAAUAAGAACAAAGUAUUGCAAGUAUUUAGUGGUUUAGGAAAAAUGAUGAGUCCACUUUAAAAGCCAAAACGCGUUUCGCCGGUAAAAACGGCUUCCUCAGUCAGCUUGUGGGUUUCCUCUGGGUGUCCUCUGUUUUGAGCGUUCAAAAUCCCGCCGAAAAAGUCGUCCUCCAAUCGUGUGAGUCCUUGCGUCACGUGAUGCGGCUAAAAAGCCGUCGCGUCACUUCCGGGUUUUCGGCACUACAGAGUCCAUAGUGCUUUGCGCUCAGCGCGGCACUUCCGGUUUUCGUCCGGUCUGUCACAGGGGACUUAGUCCGCAAUGGGAGGAUUAAUCAGUCUAUAUUUGAGCCUCCUUAGGCUCAUACACAGUUUAGAAUAGAAUAAAAAGACAUACAUAAUUAAAGGUUGUAAUGUGCUGUUCUUUUUACACAUUGUAUAUGAACAAGCAAAUAUAUUUAAGCUUAUUAAUUCCUUUAUAUACAAUUAUGUGCAAAGCAUGCAAAUCUUGAAAAUAAACAGAGAAUAAGAAGGAAAAGUGACUUGUGUUUUAAAAGUGCAUUAUGAUGAAACUCUAUUUAUAUAAACAUAUGAUUUCAACUGCUAUUUUUUCUUAUUAUCAAAAACAUAAAGAAUUCAUAUGAAAUGAGUACACUUGCUUGUAUGUUAUUUAGAGUAGUAAUAACUCUUUUAUAAAAACAUGCAGAAUAGCAGACCCAGUAAAAAGCAGUGUAUUUUAUAAAAAGUGACAUAACUCAAAGUCAGCAUUUAACCCCAUAGGUGCUAGAGUAUUGAGAUUGAAGAUCCAUUUUGUUUCGAUUUUUCCCAAUUUUUUAAUUUCAUCUUCCCCUCUCCAGUUGAGUGUAAUUUUCUGGAUGGCCAUAAAAUCUAGAAAUUGUGGGUCUUUAUUAUGCACUAGGCUAAAAUGUUCUGAAACACUGUGUUUGUCGUAUCCUUUUCUGAUGUUUCUAAUGUGUUCAUUUAUUCAUGUUUGUAGGGGGCGUUUCGUUCUACCAACAUAGAAUAAAUUGCAAGAACACUUUAAAACGUAUAUAACCCUCUUGGAAAAACAUGUAAUCAUUUGGCGUAUCUUAUAUUUCUUCUCCCCUUUUGGGUCAUAGAAUUCUGUAAUGUGCCUUUUUGUGCUUUUUGUGCUUCUACAAGCUAGACACUGUCCACAACCAAAAAAAACCUUCUUUCUGAAAGAAGGGGGUGGGUGUAUUUUCUUUAAUAUGAUUAUGUGUCAAUUUUUGUUUUAGGUUAGGAGCUCCUCUAUAUACUAAUUUCGGUCUCUCUGGUAAUAUAGAGUGUAGCAUAGGAUCGUUUCUUAGCAUAGGCCAAUGUUUGUUUAUUAUUUGUUUAAUUUUAUGGCUUUCUUGAUUAAAAUUGCAAAUAAAUGGCAAAUUCAUGUUCGUAUUGAUGCUUUUUGGUUUAUAUUUUAGCAAUGAGGUUCUUUCCAUGGUUUUAACUUCUUCAAUAGUAUUUAUGAGAGAGGUUUCUUCAUACCCUUUUUCCAUGAAAUCUUGUUUAAUUUUAAUGGCCUGUAUUUCAAAAGUGCUUUGAUCAGUGCAGUUUCUACGAACUCUCAUAAGUUGUGCUUUAGGUAUAUUUUUUAACCAAGGAGAAAAAUGGCAACUGUUUAGGUAGAUGUAAUUAUUUACAUCUACCGGUUUAAAAAAAGUUUUGGUCUUAAUACUGUUGUCUUCUAUAAAAAUAGUUAAGUCUAAAAAAUUGACACUUUCUUUACUGUAUUCUGUGGUUAAUGUCACUCCCCAAUCAUUUGUGUUUAGAGAGGUUAAAAAUGUUUUUAAAAGAUCCACUGAACCGUUCCAGAUUAAAAAAAUAUCGUCUAUGUACCGCUUAUAGGAGACAAGGCUCGCUCCCCACUCUAAAUUAUUGUCUAUAAAUUGUGUUUCCCAGUAGGCCAUGAAUAGAUUUGCGUAGCUCGGAGCGAACCUUGUCCCCAUAGUGGUACCGACUUUCUGUAGAAAGAAUUCAUUGUUGAACCAAAAAUAAUUAUUAUGAAGGAUAAGAUCUAUUCCUUCCAUAAUAAAACUUAUUUGUUCUUCUGGAUAAGUGUUAUCCUGUUUAAGAAAAAAUUCUACUGCUUCUAGCCCUUUCGUAUGUGAAAUAAUGGUGUAAAGGGAACCAACAUCAGCCGUUACUAGGAUAUAGUUGGAUUCCCAUUUAAUGUGCUGUAGUGUUUGUAUAAUGUUUAAUGUAUCUUUUAGAUAAUUUGGAUUUUUACAUACUUUUUACAUUUUUCUUACCUUAAUUUAGCUUAUAUCCUUGUGUAAAACAGUUUGCUGGUUUAAAAAACCAAAACCAAUAAAACAAAUAAAUAAAAAUUAGAAACACAUUGUCAAGUGAUGAUUAAAGGGACGUGUUUAAUGGUUACAGGGGAGCCCGUUAAUCUAAAUAUGCCGGAGAAAAAUCUAACCUUAGAAAUACACGUUGGAGUUAGUGCUCCUUUAUAUUGAAUUAAAAUACAGUUUUUUACAGCACUGAAUGCUGCAUUGUAUCCAUUGUUGGAGUCUGCACAUGUGUUAACUCAAGACCUAGAAUUGCUCAUUUUUCUUUUGCUGCAUUGCAGAAGUUUUUUUUAUAGUAGAGGGAAAGAUCUAUAGUUCUGUAAUUUUGUAAAAGUUCUCAAUGAAAGUACAGUCUUAAAAUUUAGGUUUCUCUUUGGAUAGUAUUUCACAUUAACCUUAAAAUCAUAUAGCACAAUGCUUAAUGCUGCUCUUACUCUGCUAUACUCAAAAAAUUAAUAGUUUAAAAAAUAUAGUCCACCCACUUACAUAAGCGAUCUCGUUAGCCGACACUUGUGGAAAAUCUUCAAAGCUAAAUUAAAACUGUUGCUUCCCUGCAGGAUGUAUCCUUUGUAAGUGUGUCUAAUUAGAGGAGAUAUCAUAUGGUUACCUUACCUAUACGCCAACAGUUUAUUCAUGUUUCAAUAGUCUGAACUCUAAUCAUUACUGCAAAAUGUUGAAUAAUCUGUGCUACCAUCUGUACAAGUCUAACCCUGUAGCAGAGCUGUCAUAGAGACUGUACAUAUCACCCAGAGAUAUGCAAGUAGCUGUAUUAGUUUAUAACUGAUUGAGGGUGCUUUGUAACAUUGUUUUGAUUGUUUAUUGCCUAAAGUAAUUCAGUUUUUUUGUUUUGUUUGAACAGGAUAGCUGGGAAAUUGUCGAAGGCCUCCGUGGCAGUACAAGCUGUCCUCAGGAACCACAAAAACAAGAGGGCUUCCUGCUUAAAAAGAGAAAGUGGCCACUUAAAGGCUGGCAUAAGGUAUGUGCAUCUGUUCUACAGGUAUGUGAUUCAGAGAAGGAUUAAGAUCUUGCAGGAGCCUUUGCUGGUUACUGGUUUAGGGCCUGUCCUUUAAACUUCACAUAGGGAUGGUAACAGGGGCGGAUCAAGAAUCUAAUCUAGGGAGGAGAGGCACUGGUAGUGGGCUGUAGGGAGGUGAUAGGGGCUGUAGUUGGUAAGGGGGGGAUAGAGGCUGUAGUGGGAGGGUUAGGGGCGGUCGUAGUGGAUAGGGGCUGUUGUAAGGGGUAUGGCGUUUAAAAGGGUGUUAGGGACUGUAGUGUUGUGGAUCAAACCAAGUAUUUGUUUAUCUGACUAUCUGCUCCUUAAAAUAGAAAGCGUGCACGCUCUGAAGUAAAUCACACUGAGACACAAGUUUCAGAUUGAUGAAAAACUUCGGAAUGUUUAAUCAGGCUGGCGGGGAGCCCCUUAUAAAGGCAGAAAUACAUCAUAUGCAAAACAUGAGAUAACAUGGAAAGUAUGUUUUUAAUUGGUAAAUGCUAAGUGUCUUAUCUACUGUACCUUCUCCAGGGUGUGACGUUAUCAUCAUCCUGGGUGUAGCACUUUAGACGGAGAUGCCAUCUUAAUACAUGACAUUCUUUCCAUUCUUUAGUCGAUGGGAGGAGUGCUCUAGCAGCCAUUUUGAGCAGUUAAUAAAGGCACAGAUGCACAUAGUAAAUAGACAUUUUACUAUCACUAAUUUACAUCCAUAACAGUAGUAGAUGAGAAGGGCUGCAAGUCAGCGUGAUGUGGGUAAGGGAUGUAGUGCGGCGUUAGGAGCUGUAGAAGGGUUAUAAGGGCUGUAGUGGGAGGGGUUAGAGAUUGUUGUGGAGGGUUAGAAGCUGUAGUAGGGUUAUAGGGGAUAUAGUGGGAGGGGUUAGAGAUUGUUGUGGAGGGUUAGGAGCUGUAGGGUUAUAAGGACUGUAGUGGGAGGGGUUAGAGAUUGUUGUGGAGGGUUAGGAGCUGUAGAAGGGUUAUAAGGGCUGUAGUGGGAGGGGUUAGAGAUUGUUGUGGAGGGUUAGAAGCUGUAGUAGAGUUAUAGGGGAUAUAGUGGGAGGGUUUAGAGAUUGUUGUGGAGGGUUAGGAGCUGUAGGGUUAUAAGGACUGUAGUGGGAGGGGUUAGAGAUUGUUGUGGAGGGUUAGGAGCAGUAGUAGGGUUAUAAGGACUGUAGUGGGAGGGGUUAGAGAUUGUUGGGGAGGGUUAGGAGCAGUAGUAGGGUUAUAAGGACUGUAGUGGGAGGGGUUAGAGAUUGUUGGGGAGGGUUAGGAGCAGUAGUAGGGUUAUAGGGGAUAUAGUGGGAGGGGUUAGAGAUUGUUGUGGAGGGUUAGAAGCUGUAGUAGGGUUAUAAGGGCUGUAGUGGGAGGGGUUUGAGAUUGUUGUGGAGGGUAAGGAGCUGUAGUAGGGUUAUAAGGGCUGUAGUGGGAGGGGUUAGAUAUUGUUGUGGAGGGUUAGGAGCUGUAGUAGGAUUAUAAGGGCUGUAGUUGGAGGGGUUAGAGAUUGUUGUGGAGGGUUAGGAGCAGUAGUAGGGUUAUAGGGGAUAUAGUGGGAGGGGUUAGAGAUUGUGGAGGGUUAGGAGCUGUAGUAGGAUUAUAAGGGCUGUAGUGGGAGGGGUUAGAGAUUGUUGUGGAGGGUUAGGAGCUGUAGGGUUAUAAGGGCUGUAGUGGGAGGGGUUAGAGAUUGUUGUGGAGGGUUAGGAGCAGUAGUAGGGUUAUAAGGGCUGUAGUGGGAGGGAUUAGAGAUUGUUGUGGAGGGUUAGGAGCUGUAGUAGGGUUAUAAGGGCUGUAGUGGGAGGGGUUAGAGAUUGUUGUGGAGGGUUAGGAGCUGUAGGGUUAUAAGGGCUGUAGUGGGAGGGAUUAGAGAUUGUUGUGGAGGGUUAUGAGCAGUAGUAGGGUUAUAAAGGCUGUAGUGGGAGGGAUUAGAGAUUGUUGUGGAGGGUUAGGAGCAGUAGUAGGGUUAUAAGGGCUGUAGUGGGAGGGGUUAGAGAUUGUUGUGGAGGUUAGGAGCUGGUAGGGUUAUAAGGGCUGUAGUGGGAGGGGUUAGAGAUUGUUGUGGAGGGUUAGGAGCAGUAGUGUGGGAGGCUAGUUGUGUGGAGGGUAGGAGAGUAGCGAUAUAGGAGCUGUAGGAGGGCUGUUAGAGAUUGUGGAGGUGUGGAGGGUUAGGAGCUGUAGUAGGGUUAUAAGGGCUGUAGUGGGAGGGGUUAGAGAUUGUUGGGAGGGUUAGGAGCUGUAGUAGGGUUAUAAGGGCUGUAGUGGGAGGGGUUAGAGAUUGUUGUGGAGGGUUAGGAGCUGUAGUAGGGUUAUAAGGGCGGUAGUGGGAGGGGUUAGAGAUUGUUGUGGAGGGUUAGGAGCAGUUGUAGGGUUAUAAGGGCUGUAGUGGGAGGGGUUGGAGAUUGUUGUGGAGGGUUAGGAGCUGUAGUAGGGUUAUAAGGGCUGUAGUGGGAGGGGUUAGAGAUUGUUGUGGAGGGUUAGAAGCUGUAGAAGGGUUAUAAGGGCUGUAGUGGGAGGGGUUAGGUACUUUACUAGUAGUAUCUGGUCUGCAAUUGGGGGAAUAGAGGCUUUAGUAGAGCAUAUGAGCUGCAGUUGGGGGAAUAAGGGCUGAAGAAAAAAAAUGAACGUUUAUUAUACCUUCCAGCUAGGAAGGGGGGAAUGGUGUUCCUUGAUGGGAGAUGUGCUGCUUUGUCUGUAAACCCAGUGGGUGCAGACAGCUCUUUCUGGCCUUUUGCAGAAAAUAUCAGAAUGUUUCACUGGUAACCUGCAUCAAUGCUCUGAUACUGGAGGAGGAUGGAGAACGUGAUUCAGCCCAAGUUCUUCCUCCCACCCCCGUUAUCUUUGAUCUCCCCAUGGGCCAACCGUAAGUGGGAGGAGCCUCUGACAGCCUCGCUUUGGCUUCUUGUGAACGUGUGGUGGCACUUGCUCUGGUGCCUGGAUGGUAAAUGGGGAGUAGCAAAAUCUUGGUUCUGGGACCCUGUCUAUACCCUAGGCCAUGUUCAGCCACCUAAUGUCACUUUAUGGUUAAUCCUGCUCUGAAGUGAUUAAAAACAUGUGACUAUUAUUUGGUGCAAAUGUUUUCAUCUUAUCUUUGCUUAUUUGGGGGUGUUAUUAUAUUAUUUUAUUUUUAGGACUUUACUAGUGACAUCUGGUCUGUAUAAGAGCAGACUUUCCCAUCCCUGGAAAACAUGUCAGUUGGUGCUUGUUUACUGACUUAUUCCUGGACAUUUUAUUGGACUUUUGAGGCUUGGAGUGCAUAUUUCCAUUCUUCAACUGGUUAUUCACAUUUUAUACAUGGAUACAUAUCUGCUCAUAGCAAUUGUUGCAAACCAGGACUUGGCAUGUGAUGUACAUGCACCAGAGAUCUGCACCCAAUCCCUGUUUAGGAGAGAACAGACUUACCAAAUAUUUAAGUACAUUUUUCUUCCUUUUUGGGGGAUGCAUUUUACAGACUGUGGAUCUAUACACCUCUUUACUGUUAGUCUGUCUUGCCCAGGUUUCAACCCUUUCUUACUUCUAUAUGAAGAUUGCAUCCUCAAGGAGAGGAGUUUAGGAAGGACUCUGGACCACUUGUCCACUAUUGUUCCAGAUAUGAGAAUUCCUGAGGGUUAGAGUAGAUUUGCACACGCUGCCUUAUUGUUAAUUGUUUAAUGCGACAACCCUGUUAUUCAAUUUUAGGUAAAAAGUGAAACUGGAAACCUGAAUCUCUUUCAUGCAUUUCAAUAGUUAUUAAGCUACAAUUAAUAAAUACCUUGAAAGCCAUCUUAGCCACAAGUCAUGGCCAGCGUUAAAACAUAUAGUUAUUUAUAUAUUUAUCUACCUUAAUUACACUUGGGGUUUUUAAUGCGUUCACAGUACUCGCUGAACACAGAUAUUUGUUGUUAAAGUUAGGAUAAAAGAGAAUUAACAUGAUGAUACUCCAGGCACAUAGCUAGUGAAAAAUAACAGGAAUUUAAAUUAUGGGGAGUGCUCCCUAAUACCAAUCCUUAUUUAGUUUGGAUUAUCCCCACAUUCUGGUUGGUUUUUGAUCCUGGACAACUAACUAGAGAUCCAAUGACUGAUUUCUUUUUUGGUCUUCUUUUUGUAACAGAGAUAUUUCAUUUUGGAAAAAGGAAUUUUGAAGUAUGCCAAGGGUCCUACUGAAGUAAGUUUCAUUUUGAUUACAUUUUACUUUAUAUUUUGCCUUGUGAAAUUGAAAUACUGCUUUAAUUUUAUAUUAAAUGGACACUAUAGUCACCCAAUUAGCUUUAGCUCAAUGAAGCCGUUUUGGCGUAUAAACCAUGCCUCUGCACUCUGUUGAAUUCUCUGUUAUGUAGGAGUUAAAUCCCUUUUCUUUAUACUGCCCUAGGCACACCUCCCUGCAUGUGACUUGCACAGCCUUGCUAAACACUUCCUGUAAAGUUAGAUCUAAUGUUUAUACUUCCUUUAUUGCAAACUAUGUUUAAUUUAGAAUUUCAUAUAUGCUGCUCUGUUAAUGGCCUGCUAGACCCUGCAGAAGACUCCUGUAUGUAAUUAAAGUUCAAUUUACAAAGCAGGAGAUAGAAACCUUUAAAGUAAGUUACAACUGAUUGAAAAUGGAACCAUUUUUUUCAUGCAGGCUGUAUGAGCACAGCCAGGGAGGUGUGGCUAGGGCUGCAAACACAGAAACAAAAGUGAUUUAACUCCAAAAUGCCAAAGGAUUGAGCAUAUGGUCUGCAUGGGCAUGCUCUAUACACCAAAACUGCUUCAUUAAGAUAAAGAUAUUUUAAUGCCUAUAUUAUCCCUAUAAAUAAAAUCCCCCAGUAUGUGAAAUGGAAAUGUAAGUCACAGGGCUUUGCAAUGUAUUGUGAUCCUUGAAUUUGUGGUUAUAUGUGUGGGUUGGUGCGAUGAAAUGAAUUGGUGGUAUUCUGACUUGUUCAUUAAGGCAAACAAAAGUUUAAAUUUUAUUCUAUAGUACGUAUUUUAUCCAAAUCUCCGAACCCACACUCGUUUUUUUUGGGGGGGGAGGGUUUAAAAAAUAAAAUAAAUUAAUAUUCUUUUUUUAUUUUAAAUUACGGUUAUAAAAAAAAUCAGCAUUAAGCACAAAUAAAGAAAAUAUUAAAAUACUAUUUUUAAAACUAAAUAUUUUCUCACAGAACUAAAACUAACGCAAACUUUAAACAAUAGAAAAUUACUCAAGUCUAAAAAAAAAUAAAAAAUUUGGGUUUUAUAAACACGGAGUGGUUUGCCUUUAAGGGACAUGGCUUAUGGUGUAAAUAUAGAAGGGAAUAUUUUCAUUAAUGAUACACAGCUGUUAUCAAGCGACACAAAAUCAGGCUGUUUCAGUAAGAGCGUAAGAAACAUUAUUUUUUUUCUUUCUUUCUUCAUCACGCAAAAGCAAUUUUCACUUCCUUCAAACUAUGACAUGUUGGAUCAGCUAUAAUUAUCCCAAUAUGGGAUGUGUUUCUCAAUGGCAAUCCAAUGCUGCCUUGUUUGGCACAAAUCUUCUCACAGUUUACAGACUCUGAUAUUCCACCAAAGCUAAGGGAAUAUUGCUUUGUAAUAGUGCAUUUAAAUACAUUUAUCAGAGGUCAUUGUAUACAGUAUGUCAGUGAGGUCUAGGUGUUUUGCUUACUAUGUAGUUCAGCCAGACAUAAGCAUCUUUGAAAAUAUAGGGCCAGGAAUAAAUUCAGGCCAGAGCAGCCGAACUGAAACAUAGCUGACUAAGAGAAUUUUUCCAAUUUGACUAUUCUGACCUUAGAGUACAUUUGAAAUUCACUUUGAAUUCUUGUUUUAGUGAAUAACUCUAUAUGUAUUUACUGCAAGCUGCAUGCUAAUUAUUCCAUCAGGAAAAAGAGCGAUGUAGUUAAAGGACCACUAUAGGCACCCAGACCACUUCAGCUUAAUGAAGUGGUCUGGGUGCCAAGUCCAGCUAUGGUUAACCCUUUUUUCUAUAAACAUAGCAGUUUCAGAAAAACUGCUAUGUUUAUGUUAGGGCUAAUCCAGCCUCCAGUGGCUGUCUCUUGACAGCCGCUAGAGGCGCUUGCGUGCUUCUCACUGUGAAAAUCACAGUGAGAAGACGCCAGCGUCCAUAGGAAAGCAUUAAUAAUGCUUUCCUAUGAGACUGGCUGAAUGCGCGCGCAGCUCUUGCCGCGCAUGCGCAUUCAGCCGAAGAGGAGGCAGAGGAGAGGAGGAGAGCUCCCCGCCCGGCGCUGGAGAAAGAGGUAAGUUUAACCCCUUCCUCUCCAUCUAGCCUGGCGGGAGGUGGACCUUGAGGGUGGGGGCACCCUCAGGGCACUAUAGUGCCAGGAAAACGAGUAUAAACAAAGAAAACGUUACCUGCGCUCUGGCCUAAAUCCCCAUGUGCGUUUAAACAGAAAUGGAGGCUCUUUGGUUUUAUUCUAAUGGCCAUUUGAAGAUAUAAGCUCACCUGCCACGUCAAGGCAAGCCUCAAUAGGUGAGUUCCUACACUAGCCAUUAGAUAUGCCGAUAUCAGCCAUGAGUCUCCAGUGAGACAGGAAGGGGUAUUUUAUAAACCCUUUAACAUUUAACCCUUUAUAGGGCUUCUGCACAUACAAUAAACUUUGCUGAUAUCAGACAAAGUGAGACAGAAAGGGGUGUUUUAUAAACCCUUUAACAUUUAACCCUUUAUAGGGCUUCUACACAUUCAAUAAACUUUGCUGGUAUCAGACAAAGUGUAGAAGUCUCUAAUGAGACAUGAAAGGGUGUUUUAUAAACCCCUACAUACUUUACCCUAAAUAGGGCUAUAACGUACAAAUCACCUUGCUGGUAUCAGCUAAAAGGCAAAUUUCUCUGAUGAGACAGGAAGGGGUGCUGCCCCUACAUACUUAUAGAGUCUUAAUAAGACAAACGUGGGAAGGCUGGCAGCAAUGUAACAUAGCUGAGUGAUACAAAAUUCAUAUACAAACACAAAGAUAAAGCACCGCGCUUACAGCAGCAGUGACUUAGUAUCCAACAGCUUAAAAUACAUAGUAAAAACAAAGAAAACGUUACCUGUGCUCUGGCCUAAAUCCCCAUGUGCGUUUAAACAGAAAUGGAGGCUCUUUGGUUUUAUUCUAACGGCCAUUUGAAUAUAUAAGCUAUGUUUUCCUGGCACUAUAGUGGUCCUUUAAUUGAGAAACAUUAUUUGACUAUGUGAACUUUUUGAAACCAUUCUGGGGUCAAGAGGGAAUUUUUUUCCUAGUUUGUUUCAAAAUUGGAAGUUCUUCAAACUGGGGGGGGGGAGGGGAGGGUUUUGCCUUCUUUUUGAUCAACAGCAAAAAACAGAUCUGGGAAAGGCUGAACUUGAUGGACACGUCUCUUUUCAGCCUGUGUAACUUGCAAACCACCUCUAUAAAUCAUGGCAAAUAUUAAACUUUCUGUAUGUUUUUAUUGUUGUUUUAACAUUAACAAUAAAUUCUAAAGAGUGUUUUUAAAAUUUAAAAAAAAUCUUUACUUCCAGAAAAUGUAUUACUGGAUCAAUAUAGGUGGCAUUCUUAUUAAACCCCCUGCACUAUUGAAAAACCUAGGUUCCAAGAUAGUUUAGAAAGCCAUGGAAUCAUCAAAUGAGAAGCCAGUCAAGGUCAUAUUUUCACUGUAGACUGUGAUAUGUAAGGUGUCCUAGAUCCUAACAUUAAAUAAAAAAUGUAUAUGUAGAAAGGCUUUAUGCAGAGUAUAAAUUGCAUAAAAGAUGAGUCUGUACAAAAAUAUGUAGGGUACGAGAAAAAGUAGGGAGAGCUGGACUCGACGUAAGGAUGUAGUCAAAACUAAGCUUCACCAAUUGGUUCCUUCCUUGUCCUAAUUAAAGUUUUAAUAGAAUUAUUAUCAUUAAUGAUAAUCUGUUUUAUCUUUCCUAAAGAUGGAGAAAGGAAAGUUACAUGGCUGCAUUGAUGUUGGUCUGUCUGUGGUUUCCGUCAAGAAGACAACGAAGUGCAUUGACCUUGAUACAGAAGAACAUAUAUACCAUCUGAAGGUAACUACUCAAAGACUUUGUCAGAUACUUUGAAACUAACCUCUAGUGCAGUGGUUCCCAACCUUUUUCACUUGAGUACCCCUUGGCGUCCCUUUUCCAUAAAUUGUACCCCUUGUAUUCAUAAAAUGUUUAUUAAUAUAGUUGCUAUUAUAUAAAAUGUAGACAUCUUUCUUUGCCUCAGACUCCCCUGCUUUUCUUGUGCCCCAAGCUUCCCCUGCUCUACAUCUUCCCCAGGCUCUCCCUGCUCUACAUCUGUCUCAGGCUCUCUCAGCUGCUCCACUGCCCCAGAUUCGUCUUCUGUUCGUCUUCUGCCCCUGCUCUUCUCUGCCCCUGCUCUUCUCUGCCCCUGCUCUUCUCUGCCCCUGCUCUUCUCUGCCCCUGCUCUUCUCUGCCCCUGCUCUUCUCUGCCCCUGCUCUCCUCUGCCCCUGCUCUCCUCUGCCCCAGACUCGCCCUGCUCUUCCUCCUCUGCCCCAGACUCGCCCUGCUCUUCCUCCUCUGCCCCAGACUCGCCCUGCUCUCCCUCCUCUGCCCCAGACUCGCCCUGCUCUCCCUCCUCUGCCCCAGACUCGCCCUGCUCUCCCUCCUCUGCCCCAGGCUCCCCGUGCUUCUUCUCCUCUGCCCCAGGCUCCCCGUGGCUCGCUCUGCCUCUAUUCUGCCCCAGGCUCGCUCUGCCUCUAUUCUGCCCCAGGCUCCCCAUGCUUCUCACAGUGCAGAUACACAUAUCCAAACAAUGACACUCAAAGGUACAGACAUACAGAUACACACACUGACAUAUGCAGGUACAUAAACCAGGGCUUGACAAAUUUGUUCGGAAUCUAGGAGCCAGCAAAAAAAGUUAGGAGCCUGAUUUUUCAAUGUCAAAAAUACAAUUCUUAUAGUCACCAGAACCACUACAGCUCAGCCACACAUACACACUGAUUUGACACACAGGCUCUGACAGACAUACACAGACACACACACACACACUGACCAACACAGACACGCACACACUGACCAACACUGACCGACACACACACACACACUGACCCACACAAACACUGACCAACACACACACACACACACACUCUGACCGACACACACACACACACUGACGGACACCCUCACUGACGCUACAAAACUCACAGCACACUCCCAGCAGCUCCCCUGUCUAACUCUCACAGCCUGCGUGUUGCGCGGAGGGUUGUCAUGGUAAUCAAUGGCAACGCUCUGAUGGGCGCGGGACUUGCAAGAUUUAGACAGGAGAGCUGCUGGGAAGGUUAGUGAGUGUGUGCUGCGGGCCCCCUGUACAACAAACAGGUAGCCAGAGGACCGCAAGUAUAUCACUAUAUAUAUAUAUGUGGGGCCCGGAACGCCCAGAGCAUUCCGGGCGCCCCAGGACCGCCGGGCCCGUGGCAGCCAUCAUGGUUGUCAUGCCCUGACGGCGGCCCUGCCACAGAUACAAACACUACAUACAUACACACCCAAAACACAAAUACAGGUGAAAUAUUUAGCCACCAUUCAGUUUCCUAUCUUAUGGGAGCAGGAGGGUUGCUUCUGGUGGCUGGGGUUUAUAGGAUUUAGGAGACAGGCAUGUCUUAUAGAGGAGGGUGUUAGCACACAGGGGGUUGGGUUACACGGACAGGGCGAGGUUACACCUGUAAUGGGCGGAGUUAUUCUGGCAGAGGCUAAGCUCAGUUAUCAAGCGGGUGGAGUUAUGCUGGCAGAGGCAGUUCUGAGCAGGUAAGGGAGGCGGCGUUGAGACACUCUGGGGGCAGGCACUCGGAGCUCACGGCCCCCCACCCUUCCUGCCAGGUUCAUUUAGGUUCCCAAACCGUGCCAGGCGGCUGCAGCGCCGCCAUUUCUGAUGUUUGUUUUUUUUUUUUAAAGUUGGCGUACCCCCAGGGGCACUCAGUUGUACCCCUGGGGGUACGCAUACCACGGGUUGGGAACCCCUGCUCUAGUGGAACAUCAUCCUAAGGUGAUACCAUGUUUUUUAUAAAACAUGUUUCCAUCCUUUUUUUUCCCACUUUAAUUUUUACUUGUAUUUAAUUUUCCAAACAGUUAGACCUAAAGCCGCAUCCCCCCCUCCUCCCAUCUACUUGUGUACUGAUUGUUCAUCUACCUCUACUAAUGAAAAUAUUGGUCAUGUGUAAUUCUUGUGUUCCCCUAGCAUAGUUAAAGGGACACACCGGGUACCAAUACAACUUUAAUGCAUUUGAUAGAUUUUGGCCUCACUAAUAUGCUGUAUUUUUUGCAUGCUCCAAUUUUAUAGUUUUUGUAAAAUAAAAAUGUUUUUGCACUAUAUGCUUGCCUCCUUAGCCAUACCACUCCUACAAAAAAUACUUUAUUAUCAAAUGUAUGCAGACAAUCUUGACCACUGACGAGAUUAAUGGAGCGGUUUUUAAUUCACAACCUGGCUGCAGACAGUCAGAUAAACUACAUACAGAAAGUGAUAUCCCUAUUAUGCUUCCCUGGGUGUCUUCUUUAUCAUUCACUACGGUCGGUGGCUGAGCUGUGUACAUACAUUUGAUAAGGAAGGUUUUUUUCUGGAGUUUGGGGGCAUGGCCAAAGAGACAGUAUUAUGAUGCAGCAUUCUGCAGAAAACAAUUUGGCAAAAACUUUAAAAUACAGCAUAUUAGGCCAAAACCUUUCAAACGCACUAUAGUAGUAUUGGUCCCUUUAUUUAUUUUGCCAUACUUGUUGGGUAAUGAAAAAAGGAAAAAUUGUUUUCUUUUCUUUGGUUUAUGACUGUUAUUAAUAAAUAUAUAUAUUUUUUUACAAUAUAACUUUUUAUCGGAUCAAAAAUAAAAAUUCAUUUGUAGGUAUUAUUGCUUACUUUAAUUUAUAUUUACAGAGAAUAAAUGAAGCUGUGCCACUCUUCUUGACAUAUUUUCAGAAUAUAUGGAGGCUGGUUUUAUUUGUAAAAAUAAUACAGUCCGGUUGCAAUAUUUUUCUGUUUCUUGCUUUGGAACAAUACAUUCUGAAUUUAGAUUUUAGUCUGGAAGAGGCUUUCAUAGAUGCCUAACUUGUUUUACACAAUGACGGACUGACCUUGACGCUCUAGUCAAUUCCUUGAGGAUUUGAACCCACACGUGAAAAAUGGCGUGGUGCCCUUAAUUAUUUCAAAAAACAUGGCAUAAACAAGCAUUUAUAAGUUUACUUUCACAGUUUCACUAUAAAUGACAUAAUGCAAUGUUUUGAAUGAGGCACAAAUAGACAUUGAGUUUUUCUUUUCACAGGACCUUGAAAUAAAACCAAUUAUGUCAGCAUGAAGUAGAAGUGAAUGUACAGUUCACAAUUUGUUUUCAUUUUUUCUUCAGCCCUGCUGCUUGGUACAGUCACUGUGCCCCCGCUCCUGAUUGAUGUGGUAUAUUUUUAGAGAGCGGCAUUGGACAAAUAGACAAAUAAAGAUUCAGAGUAAGACUUUAUCAUAGUCACGGCCCAAGUGUCCUCAGACAAAAUCCCAUUAAUAUUGUUUUAGAAGACCAAGUAAGAAAUAAAUAAAAGCAUAUUUAAUUGUAUUUCAAAUACUUAGCCAGAUUAGACUUUGCACUAUAAAUGACAAAACGUAGCACUUGGCCAUUGUAUUCAUAUUUUGUAGGUUAAGCCGCCAGAAGAUUUUGAGGAUUGGAUCCUGAAGCUACGUGAUCACCGCCUGUUCCGGCAGAAUGAAAUAUCGGUAUUUCCACACGAUCUGAAUACUCAAUUUUAUCCAAUGCUCUCUACUACUGAAUCUUCUUCCAGUUUUGAUCCAAUUACAGCUCAUCAGGUAAAGUCCAUGUUUACUGGUGAAAGAAUUAAAAUGAAAGCUGUGUUGUGUAUUCCAUGGAACAGAACAUCAUGUAGAUAAUGGCUUUUGUGAACAUAACUGGAAAAAGUGGUCUGUUCCAGUGACCGAAUUAUGACUCAAUGUACGCAUCAGUGACCCUUUCACUACCAAGUGGUUUGCCAGGAAAAAAUCUAAACACAUACCUAGAGUAUUUUGGGUGCCCUGUAAAGUAUUUUUUUAAUUUUGUUUUUAUUUGUUUCAAUAUACAUAGAUAUAAAAAAAAAAAAAAAAAAAGUCUUUAAAAAAAAAAAAAAAAAGUGUCCCCUAUAAUUAAGUUUCAUUACAAGCAGUGUUGUGAAUAAAUAACAUUUCUCAAAAUGUAACAUUCUCAAAGUUAUGUUUUAAUUUAUGAAGACCCAGGAGUGCUUCCAAUGUUUGGUGAAAUGCUGUCUACAGUAUGCUGGAUUAAAGCACCUGGCAUAGUGACUUGUCUGGUCCUUACAUUGUAGCCGUGGUGGCUCUUUGGACACGCACAGACAAAUACAUGCAACUAUGUGACUGUCUGCCAUGCAUAUCGUUGUCUGUAUGUGUCAGUGUAUCUUUGUGAGCAUGUGUAUCUCUGUGUCUGGGAGUUUGUGUGUGGGGUGGCUGCUUGCUGUGUGUUAUGUGUAUGGAGGGGCUACUUGUUGUCUUUCUGUGCAUUGUGUUUAUGGUGAUACUGCAUGGUGUAUGUGCUGGUUUACUGUGUGUGCUUGGACAUUGCCGAUAUGUAUCAGGGUGGCUAUGGCAGGAUGGCUGUGCGUGUGUGUGGUUUGAGUGUGACAGAGAGAGUCUGGGGGGUAGGAGAGUGGAAGGGGGUGAGUGUGACCGGAUGACUGUGUGUGUGUGAAAUGGGUGUAUUUGUUUAGAAAAUACUGUUUUCAUACUUGGAAAGAUUAAGAAAAUAGAGAUCUUCAAAAAAUAUACAUAACAGCUCAUACUCAGAUGUGUAUUACUGUACUAUCCAUGAAUUCUGAUUACCAGUAUUUUAUUAUUUUUUUGUGAACCCUUUUCCAGAAAUUUACUUUUCAAUUUACUUUUUAAGCUAGAAUUUACUGUAAUGGUUGUAUUUCUUGCUUAAUGUUACAGGAAACUAAUUUCAUUAGACAGAAUUCAUUGAAGCUGGGAGGCAGUCUACCAUUCUCUCGUUUAAAUGACAGUAGGAUACCAGCCUGGCUCCAAUCGUCUGAUGAUAUGGAAAAAUGUGCUAGAGGUAGACUUGACGUAAUGAUCUUUCACUUUCAUACAGUAUUAAAUGUGGUGCUAAUUAUAUUUUUAUUAUUGGUCUUAAAGGAGAAGUACUAGCUAAAUAUGAACGACUUUUAUUGUUUAUUUCAGAAGUCUUUCUUUUAAAAGAAAGCAAGUUUUUAAAGUGGCAGAGAUACAGAUUCGUAAAACCCUUCAAAUCUAAUGCUGUUUGCUCACGGUCGGACUGGAUUUAGAAGGAUGCCAUCACUUCUCUGGAAAUUAUAACUUUGCAUAUGACCUAUAUCAGGGGUAGGCAACCUUCCGCACACAGAUUAUUUUGACUUCAUCUCCCAUGAUGCUCUUACAGCUAUAAUGCUGGCAAAGCAUUAUGGGAGAUGCAGUCCACAACAUCUGGAGUGCCGAUGGUUGCCUAUCCCUGAUCAAUAACUUGUAUUAUAAUUAUUUUUUUCCUCCAUGUGAUGCUUCAUUUUCUUGUAAAUCUAGAUCAUUCCAUUUUAGUCUUGACACAGUCGGGGAACCAAUUGCAUUGGAAAGAGAAAAAUUGAUAUUUUGUUUCGCUUCCUCCCAUUCCACUUAUGUCCAUUUUCUUAGUUGAUUAUCCCCAGCUCAUUAAAGGGACAUUCCUGGUACUAUAACAAUUUCAUCUCAAUGACAUUGUUAUGGUGUCAGGAGGUCCUGAGCACUAUCUUACCAUUUACGAACGGUUUGCGGUUGUAGAGACAGCACCUGCCCACUCAGCCCUCUGGUUUCCUGCUAUGUCUGAGGUUUCAAUGAGGAAGGGAGUUCUUUAUGGUUACAUAGGCUAUUUUACGGGGUGCUUUUUAAUGCUUCAGAAGGACAGGAAGCCACUCAGUUCUAGGAUAGAGUUAAAUAAAUACAGCUGUAUUUAUUGCUACACUCAAUUUUAUGUUUUGUAUAAUAUGUAUAAUCUGUAAAUAAUAUAUGUGAAAUAUCAGCAGAUAUCCUACCUAAAUUCUUCAAUUAUGUUAUUGUUCAUGUUUAUUUUUAUACACUGCUGUAAUUUUAACCUAUAUAUAGCGUUGUAAUCUCUGCAGUUAGAUUAAUAUGACAGGCUAAUUAUAUAUAAUGCUGUAUUUCAUGUGCAACUUAACAGUUAGAUCUUUAGAAACAAACCUUUUGUGAAAUAUGUGCAGUCUACACCUACUUUUUCUUAAUGUUUUCUGUGAUUGAUCCAAUUGUUACAGAUAGUUAAAAUAACCAUAAACUCAAAUGCGGUUGACUGUGCUUAUGCAUUUUACUGGGGGGUAAUUACAAGAACUGUAAAAUUUGCUGGAAGUUUAGGCAGACCGUUAGAAUUUGGCACUCAUUGAAAUAUUCAAAGUCUACUCUGUGAGCAAUUUGUUGGUGACCUAUAGUUGUGAAUUAUAACAAAACCCUUUCACAAUAGGGUGGAUUGUGUGAAUCGGAUAUCACAGCACAAGCUGAAAGGGGAAAUCUCUACUCAUCUUCAAACUGCUCAGUGAUGUAAUUAGUAUGUUACGAUAACAAGGCUAUUCACAAACUCUCACUGUUAGGUUUGUUAAUACUUUACACACCACCUUUGAAAUUUGCAGACAGCACUGUUUCAGCACUCUGAGCUUGGCUCGAAUGCGUCUAAUGAUGCGCUCGCUCUGAAAUUUCUGGGGACAGUUCCCUGGUGUCAUUCAGCACUCACUUGUCCUCUCCUCUCCGUCCCUCCUUACUAGCAAGCAGUAGCUCCCAGAGAAAAAGGUGGAUAUAGUGAGUGUAGAAUUAAGGGGACAUGCCACAUGUUAGAGAGAACAUGUGCACAGUGCACAAAGUCAACUUUAUCUGAACUGAUUUAUGGUCAAUCAGGCCAUGCAACAUUUUUUACUCUCCUUUACAACUAAGUUCACAUUCUUAAUUCCCUUGGCGCAAAGCAAGAGCAUAUGAAAAGUAGCAAACAAAAUAUUUAUUUAAAAUAUUUAUUUAUUUAUUUAUUUUUUAUUCAGUGUUCCUUUGGGUAUGGUCCUGGAGCUUUAGCUCCAUUAGCCCCUAUGUUAAUACGCCACUGGAAAAAACUUGGGUGUCUUAUACAAUGCUAAUUCUUUGUAUUCUUUAUGCAGAACUCUCCCAGUGUCACAGUUAUUUAGUGGAAAUGAGUCAGCUUCUUCAGAAUAUGGAUGUACUUCAUAGAACGUAUUCAGCGCCUGCAAUAAAUGCUAUCCAGGUGAGCAGUAAUUCACGAUCGUUCGAACCUUUUAUUUUAUUAGAUGCUUCUCUCUACAUAAGGGAGAGACUUAUUUAGGCAAAUGUAUUUUGAGUGCACAACAUAAAACAUUUGCUGAUAAGAUGUGUAAAAAAAAAAAAAAAAAGAGCACAUGAGAGUUUCCUUAAUGUAUUGCAGUAGCUGUAGAAAUUAAUAAUGUAUUUUCGAUUGAGCCUGCAGUGACUGCAAUCAGCUGCAUAUUGAUCGCAGCUAUUUUUGGAGCUAGAAAGCAACGCACAUAUUAUUCAUAUAAUUUGUAUGCAUUUCCAAUGUUACUUCAAAACAUGUGUAAGGAGUAAGGAACCUUGCUAAACCUGUUCUAUUACAAUUAUUUUCUUAGGUCUAGUACACUACCAUUAAGACUCUGAAAUCUUUAUUCUUCUCAAAAUUCUUUGACAGUUCUAACUAGUGUAUAGACAGGAAAAAUACAGAGUACAGGGAAAGCAAAAUAUAGUGUUGACAUAUGGGGACAAUGUUACUUUGCAGUACAUAUUGUUGAGACACCAGAAUGUUGAGGCGAGAAAACUAUUGUAGUGGCAAAUUCAUUUAGAAAUUCUAUUAAUUUAUCCCAGAAAAUCACAACUGUCGAGUUCAGCAGAUGUGGAAGAGACACAAAUAGGUGUCGAUGAAAUUCAUUAGCUACAAAUCUUAACAUUGCCAGAUCACAACAAUUAAUAAAACUUGGUUAGCUGUUAGGCAGAUUUCACCUAGUAAACAGAGUAAGUUUGGAAAGAUUAGAACAGUACUAUAUGGUUGAAUUCUGUCCAAGCCUCUCUUCUCUGAAGAUUCAGUGUAAGUAUUUCAUUGGUUGGAAUAUUUUGUAAACUAAGAUUUGCUAAUGAAUUUCAUCGACACCUAUUUGUGUCUCUUCCACAUCUGCUGAACUCGACAGUUGUGAUUUUCUGGGAUAAAUUAAUAGAAUUUCUAAAUAUUUUGUAUUUAUUCAUAUUUUUCUAUUGGAAUUCUGUACAAAUUGUGUAUCAGCCCUGUGUUGCUCUGUUUGGUACAGGCAAUUAGGUUCUACCUUAAAUUGAAAAUGUCCUAUAUUUCCUACUCCCUAUGCCUCUUCCAUAGAUACUCUGAUAGCCUGCCUUCUUCACACAUGCCUAUUUUAGACAAUCCCUCCUUUCCUGUAGGCUUGUCUACAGACCAAGGACAUUCUUUUGUGGACUACUUAUGACUGCACUACUGUCGGCCAGUUGACCACAUUUGACACAUCUCUUUUAUACUCCUACAUCUCAUAAUCUAUAGGCGGAGACUUUUGUCAUUUACAUAUUAGCCUUUUGUAAAUUACAUAUUAGACCCCACAAAGGGCUUACAAAUCUAAAGCUAGAGCCACAGGAGCAUCUUCCAUGCUCAUGGUACGAGAUCUUCAUGCAAGAGGAAUGGGAUUAUACCAUUAAAAAUUACUUUAAAUUUACCAUCUCUUUCUGAUCAAGGAAAAUGGACUUAAAAUCCUGGUGAUGUGAUAUAAUCUCUGUUGUUUAAGGCAAAGUUCUCCAACUCUUCAGGAGUUUUCUCAAGGGAUGGGCGCACCCUGGUACUUAUGUCUGUUGAUCUAUCCCAUAUUUCAUAAGACAUAGGAAGAUGUUUUGAACAUCUUUACGAUUUGUGAUUGGCACCUCUUGCUUGCCCUUAGCAGUUCUUCCACCUGAUUUCAAUGACUCACACCUACCUUGAAAUUAAUUCAUUAUAUUAAGUUCCUAGAUCCUGCAUGGUGUCUAAACCACUACAAAAGUUGGUACAUAUUCACCAGAGAGAACAUCAUGGCUCAGCUACAACUAGCACUACUGCCUAAACAUUUAUUUGUGUAUUCAAGAAUCCUGAACUCCCCAUUUCUCACUUGUCUCAUUGUAGACUGGCCUCCACCUCAACCUCAUUCUACAAUAAUUCCUUUAUUCAGUACAUUCAACAAUAGUAUUUGUUGUAUGAAUCUUGGUUUUUUUUUUUUAUCUUGUGAAAAUGUAAUAAAAAAAUCCACCAAAGUAUAACCUAAACGUAGGUUGUGCAUAAACAUAUGUAUUUUCUAUAAAUAACUGAACAAUAAAAAUGGUCAUAUCAUCAUAAGUGUGCAAAAUAUGAUUUAGUAAAUAUUUUAUUUUAUUUGGCCUUUUUUUUUUUUACUUUCAUGGACUAAAUGUAUAGAUUUAACUAGUUAACUAGUGCUAAUUUAUGUGAAACUGUGAUGGGUGGAUCAGUGGGUGGGAGAGAGGCAGGUAAGAGUCAGAAGAGGGAGGCUGAAAAAAGUCAUCUUGCUUAGAGGCGUGCCGAAGAAAGCAAACGUACAAAGUUUAUAGUAAGUUAUAAAUGUUUAUGACAUACUUUUCCCUUUUUUUUUUUUUUGCUUUAGUCUAGUUCAUACAUGUGUGUAUAAAGGUGUUUACUAGCUUGUUUAAAAAAAAUAAAAGAAUUAUCAAGUGAUGCAUGUCUAUUUAAACUCAUUAACUUGCAUUUUUUCCAAGGUUAAUGCUUUUGAAAGCCCUAAAAAAGUUAAAGGAUUAAACAAAAGAAAGUGGCGAACGAAAGGAAUAAGUAAAGAUUCCAAAGGGUCAUUGCAGGUACUAUAAUUUUGUUAUAUUUUAUAUUAAAAAGAAUGCAUAUAUGUUUAAUCUGUAUAUAACAGAAACAGAGAGGUUGUCUAAAACAAUUUGGUCAACUUGCUUGAACUAUGAAUGUGCAAUUGACUCUCAACACAAAAGCUAUGCAAGGUGUUUUGUUACCAGUAAUUAUUAAUAAAAUAAUAAUAAUUUUGUAGGACACCAUUUACACUUAGAUUAAAACAUUUAUUCUUUAAAGCAUUAGUUUUGGUGCGUUCAUGUAAUACUGUCUAAUUUCUUUAAUGCCUGGUGAUAUCAUAUGACAUAUGUACCCAAACAUGACCAAUUACCGAUGCUGAAAAUUCAUAAAUGGCUUAGGAAUAAAUCAGCAAACUGUAGAUAGAACAGCAAUUUAUAAGCGGUUUGGUGUCAUCACUGACAGAUGGUUUAGAAUUAGCCUUUGCAAUUUAACCUUUAUAAGUGGGUGAAGGAUGAUUAAGUCAUAUAAGGUUAAGACUCCCUUGCAAAGGAGCCAGACACCAAUUAAUGAAAUCAAACAACUUUUUUUUUUUUUCCUAAAAAAAAUAAAAAAUCUGUUUGAGUAAAAUAUGUGAUCCUUUCUUUUAUUAUCAAAUUUCAUAAUAUUUACAAUGUCUAUAUGGACAAUUUUUUUUACCCCUUAAUUUUUCACAUUUUUUUAUGUUGCAGCCUUGUACUACAAUUGUUUAUAUUGUUUGCUUUAACAUCCUCUACACUCAACCCACAUUAAAGAACCACUAUAGGCACCGAGACCACUUCAGCUCAAUGAAGUGGUCUGGGUGCCAGGUCCCUCGAGUGUUAACCCUGCAGCUGAAAACAUAGCAGUUUCAGAGAGUUACAUUGAGUAAAUCACACUUCCAGCUUUAAAAAAGAUCCCCAUGCUGUGACCUGAGGCCAAACAGUUCAAUCUAUUUUUCAUAAGACCAGAGAAUCUUGUUCCUCACAGUCUUGAGAGUCCUUUAGGUGCUUUUUUUGCAAAUUCCAGGUGGGUUUUAAUGCGUUUAGCAGUGAGGAGACCCUUCCAACUAGACAGUCUGCCCAAAAGACCAUAUUGGGGAAGUGUUGCAGUGAUGGUUGCCCUUCUUCAGGUUUUUCCCAUUUUCACACACGAUUUCUGGAGCUCACCCAAAUUGACCAUUGGAUACUUGAUCAACACUCUUACCAAGGCCCUUCCUCCUCCAGCUCUGCCUUUCCAAAUCAUGUCCGACUAACUGAACUUGGACCCCAAUCAAAGUGUCGAAACCUCUCCAUAGAAAUUGGAUGCAUCCUAGCUAAAUCUUAAGUGUCAUAGAAAAGGGUCUGAAUAUUUUUGUCAAUGUGAUAUUUAAAUUUUUCUUUUUAAUACAUUUUGCAAAGUUUUUAAUGCUUUUUUUUUUAUUAGGGUAUUGAAUGUAUACUAAUAGUAAAAAAAAAAAUUGAAAACGUGAAGGGGUCUAAAUACUUUCUGAAUAAACUGUAAAUUUGACUUUUAAAGUACAAAAUAUAAUUUCAAAACUCACACAAAAAAAGUCUCCUAAAUGUUCUUCUAAUUUUCAUGGACAAUCAUUCUUUAUAUGGAAUUUAUAUAUAUAUAUCAUUUUAUGAUUUAGGCAUGCUGAAAAGUAAUCAUUGAUAUUUAAAUUGAGUAUAUACUUUUUUAUGAUUUGACCACGUUGUGGUAAAUGUGGCAAUGAUACACUGGGGCAUGUCAAUCCACGAACUCCAUCCUCGAUUUGCAGAUUCAAAUUCUAUAAAAUACAGAGAGCCUCUUCUUCUCUAUGCAUAAUUUCACAUGCACUGACUACAUCCAUAGCCAGCUCUGUUAAAUUCCCACUUCACGCCAUGACUGACAGCAGACUUCCUUAGAGGAUUCCUUCUAAACACAACACAGAAAAGUACUUGGCUUUCUGUAGCAUGACUGAGUUUUGCCAGUGGUUAAAAUGAUAUUUUUGCAUAUCCUUGUACUUUAUAUAAAUGCAUUCUGAGUUUUCUAAAACCAGUCAACCGUUGGUUAUGUAAGAAUUCUCCUUGGUGUAUGUGUUAAACAACCUUUCGUAUAUUUCCUGCAGGUUCCAACAACCCUCUCAGCAAAUGUAAGACUCCAUGCUUCCAACCCAAAUUUAUCUACCAUAGAUUAUACCGAGGAAAAAACAUAUUCCAGUGGCUCUGAAAACUCUGAAUUUACCAAAAUGCAGGAUGAUCUGUGUCAUAUUGCUCACAAAGGUGAGAUGCAGUGUGAUUUGAAUUGUCGUUACAAUACAGGUGCAUUUUGUAACGUAGUAUAUACACUGUUGUUGUACAUUUAUUUGCCAUUAGUUGUUUCUAUUUUUUCUCCCAUUUCUGCUGUGAUCUUCAUUUAUAAAGCUAAUUGCCAGUGAUUGUAACAAGUGCCAGGAUAAGACGAAAAUAAAUUAAACUAUGAUUCUGUAACUUCCACCUCAUUUGCCGUGUUUGUUCUGGCUGUGCCUGGACUGGAUUUUGAUGUCUUCUAAAACGUUGAUAACAUUUUAACCCCUUAAGGACCAAACUUCUGGAAUAAAAGGGAAUCAUGACAUGUCACACAUGUCAUGUGUCCUUAAGGAGUUAAAAGGAACCGCAUCACAUGAGAAAAAGUUAACACAAAUUAAAGGUUAUUUACAAUGUUUUAUUCAUUGUGGCAAUAUCCAAAUAAGACUUUUAAGGCGGUUACACAAAUCUAUUUAAUAAGUAACAGUUUUUACUUUUCAGCAUUUUGCCAUCUAGUAAAUCUACAACCACCAAAAAACAAAAUAACAGCAACCUUCAAUUCUUAAAAAUAUCAGGUCAGAUAUAUUUGGUUUUGUAAUGUCUGCAAACUUUCUUCUUCCUCCAACACUCUCUUUGUCAUGGUGCAGCAACUUAAAGGGAAACUAUUGUGCCUGAGGAAAAAAAAAGUUGUCAAGACGUCAGCCGGCGGGGUAGACCUAAUGCGCAUGCGCAGCAAUGACCGCGCUCGCAUUAGUAUUUCCUCAGUAGGAAAGUAUGUGUAAUGCUUUCCUAUGGGGUUUUACAUGACGCUGGUUGUGCCCACGUAUAGCGUGAGGACGUCUAGCGUCAGGCAACCAAAGUCUUCUUACAACCUAGAAGUCCCUCUAGUUGCUGUCUGGUAGACAGCCACCAGAGGUGGAGUUAACCCUCAAAGGUAAUUAUUGCAGUUUCUUAAAAACGGACACUGCACACUGACCACUUCAAUGAGUUGUAGUGGUCUUGGUGCCUAUAGUGUCCCUUUAAAGAAGAAGGAACACGAAAAAGGGCAAUCUUGUAUAAAUAUAGAAUAUUGUAUAUAUGCAAACCAUCAGUGCCAAAAUCAUUGUAUGAAAUGGAUACAUCAUACCUAUACUUAUUAAAUACCACCCAAAGACUGUAUCGUAAGGACACCGCUGAGCUAACCCAGAUUAGUAAACACAAUAAAAGAUUAGUAAAUACAAUAAAAGAAACCUAAAUCCAUUUGUGCACUAUUAUAAAAAAUGAAUCUGAGUUUUAAUGCAUUUAUUUCAGAUUAGUGGGAUGUCAUGGCAUGACUGUUUAUUGGAGUAACAAGCACUGAUAAAACGCAGACACAAGUCUGAGUGGCGUUAUUUGCUCCAAUGCCUUGUCUUAUUGGAAGGAUGCCAUUGAGUGCUUGGUUAGUUUGAUGCUUAAUCAGUUGCCUUUCAGAACUCACCUUGGGAAAACCACUGUGCGUUUUCCAUUAUUGCGUAAUCCAUCCUUGUCUGACAUUAUCUGACUCGCACGUUCAUGCUUUAGAGGUCAUAUAUAGAUCACGUGUAACAUUGCAUUCACUCACAUGCGUAUUGUUCUUCUAGUUCCCAGAUCAGCUCUUUUUUCUUUUUAAAUCAACCUCCCAUGUCUAGAUAAAAGCAUGUAGAUGUCCUCAAGCUCAUUACAGAAUUCAGGGGCUAUUUCAGGUUAUUACAUGAAUACAUGAAUAAAAUGAUUUGCGCAUUGUGAAACACAUAUUCAUCUGUCUGUUUGCUUCCUUUGUCUCUUUUAUUUCUAAAGAUGUUUUAAUUGUGGCUCUUUUUAAAAGCUUCUUGUUUUUGGCAGUCCUUUAAUUUUACAAUCACAUAUAAUAUAGCGAAUGGAAAAGGCUCAAACCAGGCAACAGCUAUCUAGCAUUUUGGACCCAGACACUUAGGACUCAACCUUUUGUUUUGGAAAAGGGUGCAAUUAAAACAAUCAAAUUAAAGAAGUCUGGCAACUUCACAACUAUACAAGAGCUGAUUUGUGCCAGAAAGCAGUAAUCUCUCUUUGUUUAAUGCAUUCAAAUCUUUUGUUAAACUCUUAUAUGACAACCUUUUUUUUAAUAUGGCGUGUUUGGAGUAAACUCUCACUGCAACAGGAGUACACUGUCCUCUAAAUCUAAUUCUCCUGUCAUUAUAGAAUUCCUGUAACCGCUUAGAGAACCCUGGCUGUCCAAGGUGUUUGGUCACUAACUCUGUUUAAUUUUGUGCUCUAAAGCUGCCCCAUCCCCUUCUCUUACACAUUCAUGUAUUUGGUUACCCUAGUCAUGUCUUCACUGAAGCCAUGGUUGGGCAGAUAAUGGGGAAGCUCACACACUGGUAGAACCCUGUUGUUUUUGUGUGUUGUUUUUCUUUUGUCAAAACAUUCAAAAACACAAAGAGGGAAAAAAAAAGGAACAUGGCACGCAAAGACUUUUUGCUUCGCUACCACUGGAGUGAUUUGUAGUGUUUAUUGUGCAGGGAGUGCCUGUUUCACAAAAAAAGUCUUUGCACAUGGUUACUGAAGAUUUAUCAUGUUUCUAAUCUAGUUUAUUAAUUGUAUUGAUUGUCUCUUUCUGUGUACACCUACAGCGUAUUCUACUUUAAAAUCUGCCUAUAGCACAGUCUUCACUGAGAGAGAAAAACUGAAACAAUUGCUGGAACAGGACAUUUCUCCAACUGCCCAAAUCAUAGGACUGAAGAAUGCGUUAUCAGUAAGUACCCGCCUUUAAUAAUUUUGAAAAAUGAUGUUUUAAAGUGUUGACUAUAUCCUCAUUCUCGUAACUGAAUAUUAGGAAACUGAUACAGAUCGCAUCUUAUCAAGCUUGCAUUCAUUUUGUGCUUGAGGGUGGGUAUUCUGCAUGAAGAGGAAGCCUCUUGUGGUAUUGAGAGACUGAACAAUGUGUAUAUUUGGUCCUGACAUCUAAACUGAAGAAAACCACAUUCAUUUUAGCUUUCAUCAUAACUACUUCAUGAGUAAGAUAACUGCAGGCUGAGACUAUGAAAUCCUUUGUUCCAUAUCCGUCAAAUCAAGAUCGUACAGUUCUCUGAAUUUUUAUUAUCUAGUAUUAUGGAACUCAUAUUUUCACAACUAGAGUUCAUGAUCUCUGAAGAUUUAGUUUUUGAAUUUGGUUUUUCCAUGGGCACGUGAAGACUCUAAAUAUUCUGAUAUUCAGAGGUAGAAUAUAAAGAAAGAAGAGGAAAUAAGGCAGAAGGGAGUAGCUCUAAAACUGGAAAGUUAAAAAGGGAUUCACCGAAACCUUUAAAAACCAUGCAAAAUACACUAUAUAAUAAAGUGUAAGGGUAUGGAUGGUCCACCCUGUAUUAUUUUCAUAAGCAGGGUUCUGGAUACCUAUACCAUACAUAUUCAUCCUAUAUUGCUUUGGACUUAUACUGCUAUUGGGACACCCCAGUGUUUUAUAAACGUUUUAUUAAUAUUAAGCAUCAAUUUAUCAUUAAUCCAUUUUAUCCGCUUAAGGACACAUGACGGAAAUAUUCUGUCACAAUUCCCUUUUAUUCCAGAAGUUGUGUCCUUAAGGUGUUAUUGACUAGCUCCUGGAUACCUUACACUGUAUUAUAUAGUGUAUGUGAAGACUCUACUACAUACUUUUCUAGGCACAUUAAUAAAACACAAACAUCAGAGGAUACGUUGUCAAGGGAGUUGAUGGACAUCCUUGUUGCACAGUACGUACUGGAAGAGUAGCUGAGCAGACUUAUUGAAUGGAACGGAACAUCUACCUGAUGCAGUGAUUGGGCAGGAGAUCGGGACAUCCAAGAGUCCACCUUUUCCUCACUUUGCCAUACAACAGAUAACAGCAGCAACUUAAGUACAGAGUUUCUUUGGACAUUCCAUUGUAGAAAUUCAUGGGAUUUUAGUCAACCCUUCAUUCUGUUCUAAUCAUGGUACCCUGUAAAUCACGGAAGAAGGAAAUAUCUGGAUACAUGACAAAUUUCAAGGAAUCCAGCAAAUAUGCUGAAAGCAAUACUUUUAAUACAUCUUUCUAUAAAUAAUCAGCUUAUUAUCAAGUCAAAUUUCGAUGUGGUGUUACAGCUUUUGCAUUUUCACAUUUUGCAUUCCAAGUUAUCCUAGAUUCAUCUAUUUUUAAUGAAUCCUGGGACAUUUUUAAGUGGAGUUUGCAGGAUCCGACUGUCCUCCAGUGUAUGUUUUGCAUCUGUUCCUGCUUUUAGAAAACUGAAUCUAUUUGAAACCUGCCAAUUUAUGUCAAUGUGCAUUUUGAUGGUUAAGAUUUGUAUCUCUCCUACACACAAAUUUUUUUUCUUCCUUCUUUUUAUACAAAUCUAUUUAUGUUCAAUCCUAUUAAUACGCAUAUAUUCGUUUCAUUGGGGUUGUUAAAGUGAUAGACUAACCACAAAUGCUUAAUGUUAUGUUGUUUUACUUGAAUAUAAGCUGGUUUGGUUACCUCCUUUUUAAAAAAAAAAAAAAAAGUAACAUGUUCUCUUUAUUUUAACUAUUUGAUAACAGGACAUCUCAUGUGAGGAGAGCAAGACGCUGGUCCAUCAGAUGUCCAAUGAAAGUAGACUGUCAAUCACAGAUUCCAUCUCAGAGUUCUUUGAUGCUCAGGAAGUGCUGCAGUCAUCGAGCUCAUCUGAGAAUGAGGUCAAUGUCUCUGACCAUGGUUUCAUAUGUUUGAUACCUUCAGCCUGCUUUUGAAACAAAGCUGUUUUACAUUAGAGCAUUAGAGAAUUUUAACUAACCAAACCAAUAAAUUAUUUAUAUGGUUAAACACGAAAUUAAUUAUUGUUCUUUUAUGUAUUUUUCUAUCGUUGAGGUUGUAGGUAAGUGAAAUCAUUAUGGAAUCCAUGGUAUCUUCUGGAUCUCUAAAUAAUUAUUUCUAACCCCUUAAGGACCAAACUUCUGGAAUCAAAGGGAAUCAUGACAUGUCACACAUGUUAUGUGUCCUUAAGGGGUUAAAAAGAUGCUGUCACUUUAGCCAGAUUAUUAAUUUCUUAGAAUCACUGUCCUCAUACAAUAGAACUAUUGGUAUAAAUUAUAUUGACUUUAUGGCUGUCCAUUAUGUACUGACAUAUUGAGUUUUAAGCACAGUAUGUACAUGUAUGGUUUGCACACUGACAUAUCAUAUAAAGAAGAAAAAGGCUUUGUACAUCUCUACAACACUGAAGCUUUUUGGCUAUUGAGUUUUAUUAUUGAGCUCUCUGCACAAACCUAUUCCAUUGCUGUAUAUAACCGUUUACAUUCUAGUUUAAAAUAACAUAUCUAUUUACAAGGGCCUGUUUCUUACAAGAUUUCCGCUACUUAGUAUUCUAAGUUUGGAGCUUGUCAACUUUCCCAAGCACGUAUAAACUGUGAACAUUACACCUUUAUCUGUUAAUAUCAGAGCAUUAGUUCACCUAGCACGAUCCAUUGCAUUGGACAUUGGCUUCAAAAACCAUUUUAUUAAUGCAUGUCCUUUGUGCCCAUUUCGUGUCUAGGUAUCGGAUGAUGACUCGUAUGUCAGCGAUAUAAGCGAUAACAUUUCGGAGGAUAAUCUAAGCAAUGACAUUGACCACGAAAGACGAUCUUUAGGUAUACAUUGGCAUGUUUUUACCAAAAGUUUCUUGUUGGAUGUUUUUGAGAAAAUGCUUUCAUAUAAGCUAUAUGAACACAAAUGUUUUUGGUUUGUAUGCUUUUUGUUUGAUUUGUAAUAAUUUUCCUAAAAUGCAGUUAUGUCCAUUAAAAAAAAAAUAAAAAAAAAAAUUUAGUACUGUGGUAUUGUGUAAACCUGCUUGUGAACUAAACUGUACUUUUUAAUUUAAUAGAAUAAGCUAUGGACUACUAAGACUAUUUAGGUAGUUAUACUAAAUAUUGUUAUGCCACCUUUGACCUACAAAUAAUAUAAUCUGUACAUUGUGCUGGUGGUGUCAUGAAAAACAUUGUUGUUUUUUUAAUUUAGUCUUCAGUUACCAAGAAAACCUUUUCUAUGCUAAUUUUUGUUGUAUUUAUUCCCAGUUAUGUAAAAAUUGCCACGCUCCAUCCUUGGUUUUUCGUUGGAUGUCAAAACACACAUGUACACACACAGUGUAGAAAAGGUUCAAACAACAGAACUUACUCACUUUUUAUAUAUAUAGAGUGUUAGGAACUGAAUAGAGGAAAUUCUUUUUAGAUUAGACCGUGUGACUGUAUGCUAGAUUACUCACAAUUUCUGUCCUCGUUAAGACAUAUUGCUGUAGUUUUGGCAACACAGCAUCAUUACUGUUUGCAGACACUAUUAGUGUUGCUUUUUUGGAAUUGAGGUUGAGAAGGGAAGUGAGAAUCUGCACUUCUUCAGAACAAGGAUUUUAUAAAUAUUUGUUUGGGAUAGUGUAACUCACUAACAGGCUUUUCGUGUUUUGUUUUUCCCUCUUUUGGCUUAGACUCAGAGUCUGUUACAACAGUCGAUGGCUGUCCGAAACGCAGAACGUGUCUUCCUGCUCCAUGUCCAAACACGAGUAAUAUCAGCUUGUGGAAUAUCCUUAGAAACAACAUUGGCAAAGAUCUUUCCAAAGUAUCCAUGCCUGUACAGUUGAACGAGCCACUUAAUACCCUGCAGAGACUAUGUGAGGAACUUGAAUAUAGUUAUUUGCUACACAAAGCAGCUGAGACUGAAGACCAAUAUGAACGAAUGGUAUGGGCAUGACUUGUCCUCCUUGAAAAUGCACUUAUUGUUUAUUUAUGUUAAAUAUACACUCCAGACCCCUAACUCACUUCAGCUUGCUUAAAAGCUUUGUGUGAAGAGUGAAACUUUUAUAAAAUAUGCUGGUUACACCUCCUGGCUUUUCAAGCAGACAACAGGUCCUAAUAGUUCCUGGUUUGGUUAGCUUAGUUGCACUGAACUCAAGAGGCAGCUGUUGCCCAGAGUACCUGCCUUGCAAUGACUACUCAUUAAACUGCAUUGGGAAACCUAUGACUGAACAGCAACAUAAAGUCUGUGUGGGGUUAGAAGAGGAGGGUUUGCAAAGGCAUCAGACAAGAGAUCUGCAGUUUUUGCAAACUGUUUUUAGGUAUAACUCCAAUGAAAAAAAAAUGCAUAAUUAAAUGCAUGGAAGUUUUAAUUUGGGGUAUAUCUACUAAACAGUGAUUUUUUUAAAAAAAAUUUAAUUUAUUUUUUACAUUUAUUUUUUUGUAUUUGGGCAGUAGAAUGUCCCUUUAAGCCAGAAAAUUGCAUUUAAAUGGACACUAUAGUCACCCAGACCACUUCAGCUCAAUGACGUGGCCUGGGUGCUAGGUCCCUCUAGGGUUAACCCUGCCUGCUGUAUACAGCUGUUUCAGAGAAACUGCUAUGUUUACAUUUGGGGUUAAGCCAGCCUCUAGUGGCUGUCUUCCGGACAUCCACUAGAGGAGCAUCUGCGACGCUGGAGGCAUAUCAUGCCUCCAUCACGCAGAGUGUCCAUAGGAAAGCAUUGAAAAAUGCUCUCCUAUGGACACUUUGAAUGCGCGCGCGGCACUGCCGCGCAUGCGCAUUCCGCUCCGCUGACAUCAGACGGGGGAGCUGACGGUAGGGAGGGGGGGAGAGAGAGGUAAGGGAGCGCGGCGGUGGAAGAAGGUGAGUAACUGAAGGGGUUUUAACCCCUUCAGCAUCACGGGAGGGGGACCCUGAGGGUGGGGGCACUCUCAGGGUACUAUAGUGUCAGGAAAACUGAUUUGUUUUCCUGACACUAUAGUGAUCCUUUAAGAACUAUUUCUUAAAUUGAAAACCAUAGUCACCAAAACAACUUUAGCUUAAAGGAACACAAGCAUGUAUUCCUGACCCUAUAGUAUUUAACCCACCAUUUAGAUGGCUUGAGCCCCCUUAGAAUGAAUUAAAACUCACCUUAAUUCCAGCACCGCGCGCUAGCUCUACCCCCUUGGUGACAUAAUCAGAAUUGCUGCUUUUUAGUCAAUCCAAUGCUUUCCCAUGGGGAAAGCAUUGAAUUGGCUGAAAUCGACAUGGGGGCAGGGCCAAACACCUUUCUGGUCAAUCAGCACCUCGUCAUAGAGAUCCAUUGAAACAAUGCAUCUCUAUAAAGAAAAUUCAGCGUCCCCAUGCAGAACGUGGAGACGCUGAAUGACACUGCUGCCUACUGUGCAGCCCUGAGCCAGGAAGCCCCUUUAGUGGCCAUCUCAGGAGUGGCCAAUUGGAGGUAUCCAUAAGGGGCAAUGUAAACACUGCCUUUUCCCUGAAAAGGCAGUGUUUUCAUAAAAAUGCCCGAAGGCAAUAAUUCUACAUUAAGCUGUAGUUGUUCUGGUGACUAAAGUGUUCCUUUAAUGAAGCAGAUCAUGCCCCUGCAGUUUCACUGCUCAGUUCACUGCCAUUUAGGAGUUAAAUCACUUUGUUUCCGUAUAUUCAGUUCUAGCCACACCUCUCCUGGCUGUGACUCUCACAGCCUGCAUGAAAAUGAUGGUUUCAUAGUCAAUCAGAUAUUAGCCUACAUUAGAAGUGUGUGUCUCCUGCUCUGCAGAUUAAACUUUAAUCACACACAGGAGGAUCCUGCCGGGUCUAGCAAGCUAUCAAUAGAGCAGGAGAUAAGAAAUGUGAAAUUAAACGAAAUUUGCAAUAAAGGAAGGGAGUUGUACCUAGGUCUGCAUAAACAAAGUGAUUUAAAUCCUGGCAGAGCAUUGAGCGGUGAGACUGCAGGGGCAUGAUCUAUACACCAAAACUGAACUAAAGUUGUUUUGAUGACUAUAGUGUCCCUUUAAGUGUCUACGCGUACAUUUUAAAUACUUAAAUGAUGUUAUCAUUACAGGGAGUGCAGAAUUAUUAGGCAAGUUGUAUUUUUGAGGAUUAAUUUUAUUAUUGAACAACAACCAUGUUCUCAAUGAACCCAAAAAACUCAUUAAUAUCAAAGCUGAAUAUUUUUUGGAAGUAGUUUUUAGUUUGUUUUUAGUUAUAGCUAUGUUAGGGGGAUAUCUGUGUGUGCAGGUGACUAUUACUGUGCAUAAUUAUUAGGCAACUUAACAAAAAACAAAUAUAUACCCAUUUCAAUUAUUUAUUAUUACCAGUGAAACCAAUAUAACAUCUCAACAUUCACAAAUAUACAUUUCUGACAUUCAAAAACAAAACAAAUCAGUGACCAAUAUAGCCACCUUUUUUUGCAAGGACACUCAAAAGCCUGCCAUCCAUGGAUUCUGUCAGUGUUUUGAUCUGUUCACCAUCAACAUUGCGUGCAGCAGCAACCACAGCCUCCCAGACACUGUUCAGAGAGGUGUACUGUUUUCCCUCCUUGUAAAUCUCACAUUUGAUGAUGGACCACAGGUUCUCAAUGGGGUUCAGAUCAGGUGAACAAGGAGGCCAUGUCAUUAGAUUUUCUUCUUUUAUACCCUUUCUUGCCAGCCACGCUGUGGAGUACUUGGACGCGUGUGAUGGAGCAUUGUCCUGCAUGAAAAUCAUGUUUUUCUUGAAGGAUGCAGACUUCUUCCUGUACCACUGCUUGAAGAAGGUGUCUUCCAGGAACUGGCAGUAGGACUGGGAGUUGAGCUUGACUCCAUCCUCAACCCGAAAAGGCCCCACAAGCUCAUCUUUGAUGAUACCAGCCCAAACCAGUACUCCACCUCCACCUUGCUGGCGUCUGAGUCGGACUGGAGCUCUCUGCCCUUUACCAAUCCAGCCACGGCCCAUCCAUCUGGCCCAUCAAGACUCACUCUCAUUUCAUCAGUCCAUAAAACCUUAGAAAAAUCAGUCUUGAGAUAUUUCUUGGCCCAGUCUUGACGUUUCAGCUUGUGUGUCUUGUUCAGUGGUGGUCGCCUUUCAGCCUUUCUUACCUUGGCCAUGUCUCUGAGUAUUGCACACCUUGUGCUUUUGGGCACUCCAGUGAUGUUGCAGCUCUGAAAUAUGGCCAAACUGGUGGCAAGUGGCAUCGUGGCAGCUGCACGCUUGACUUUUCUCAGUUCAUGGGCAGUUAUUUUGCGCCUUGGUUUUUCCACACGCUUCUUGCGACCCUGUUGACUAUUUUAAAUGAAACGCUUGAUUGUUCGAUGAUCACGCUUCAGAAGCUUUGCAAUUUUAAGAGUGCUGCAUCCCUCUGCAAGAUAUCUCACUAUUUUUGACUUUUCUGAGCCUGUCAAGUCCUUCUUUUGACCCAUUUUGCCAAAGGAAAGGAAGUUGCCUAAUAAUUAUGCACACCUGAUAUAGGGUGUUGAUGUCAUUAGACCACACCCCUUCUCAUUACAGAGAUGCACAUCACCUAAUAUGCUUAACUGGUAGUAGGCUUUCGAGCCUAUACAGCUUGGAGUAAGACAACAUGCAUAAAGAGGAUGAUGUGGUCAAAAUACUCAUUUGCCUAAUAAUUCUGCACUCCCUGUAUCUAUUCAUUCGAUAUCUUGGAUCACAUGCCCAUGUUGCAGCACUGCAAGCAACUAACUGUCACAGACCUUACUGUCCUUUGUUUAGAGGAACUUUAUACAUUAUAUAUACUGUAGUAAGUAAUUUUGCAACUGGCAUAAUCUUCAUGCCUUGUAGAGUGCAUUUUUUUGUACACACAGUUGACUGGUUAACAGACCACAACACGUCUCUUGCCUCAUUCACUUGAGUUGGGAGGAAGCCUUUCUCAGUGAGAACACAAUUCAUAUAGAAAGCUUGGAAACUAAAUGACAGUGGAGCAAUAAAUUCUGAAAAGUUCAUAAAACCCUAGAAUCAAAAUAACGAUUAAAGGCAUUGCGGAAUUAUGAACCAAUAUUGGCCACAAUGUAAUAUUUUUAGCUAAGUUUUUCAAAUGUUCACAAUCUGUUAGAAAACCAUUUCAAGUGAUUUACCUACAAAAAAUAUCCCAUAGGUGUUAAUGGUGACUUCUGUAGAUAGUUCAAAGUUUUUUUUAUCCGUUUGUUAGAAUUCCAAAUGCUUGUCCAAAAGUAUUACAUUGUGGCCGUCCUGUUUGUAUUGAACUACUGUGAGACCAUUUAUGCCAUUAUACUGUCAAUAAACGUAUGUUUGCCCUUAGUAGAUUUCUUGCUUCUAUCCAGUUGUAACUAAAAUGUAUGUUAUUUUAGGUUUAUGUGGCCACAUUUGCAGUAUCUGUGUAUGCAUCUAGUUUCUACCGAGCAGGAAGCAAGCCUUUUAACCCUGUACUCGGAGAGACAUAUGAAUGUGUUAAAGAAGAUGAAGGCGUUAGGUUCAUUGCAGAGCAGGUAACAGUACAUUUCAUUACUCUGAUCAUAUUAAUGUUAUCUUAUAUUUGUAAAGAUUGUAUCCAGGAGAUAUGGUCCCCAGUGUUUCUAAACCUUUAAAAUUAAUUUUAUUUAGGUAUUGGUUUGCUGCAUCAGCAUUGUAUUUUUAACACCACUUGAGGUUAAAGGGAUACUAUAAGUGCCAGGAAUACAAAGCUGUAUUCCUGGCACUAUAGCUCCCUCUUCCUCCCUUUAUUUACUUACUUUUUCCCAGCGCCGAUCACUGCGCUUGGUCGAAGCCCCGUCCCCUCCGAUGGCCCGCGACAAGUGGGUGCUAAUGCGCGGCAAGUGCCGCGCGCGCAUUAGACCUUCCUAUAGAAAAGUAUUGAAUCGAUACUUUCCUAUCGGGCAAAAUCUGACGCUGGAUGCAGAGCGUGGGGACAUCCAGUGUCAGAUAAAGGUACGUUUGGCUUCAGGAAGCCCUCUAGUGGCUGUCUGGUAGACACCCACUGUGGGCAGACUUAGAGCUGCAAUGUAAACAAUACAGUUUCUCUGAAGUGGUCUGGGUGCCUACAGUGUCCUUUUAAUGUGAUAUGAGAGAUCAUUGGUUGGAACUUCUGCACUUACAGACUAAUGAUUGCUGCACAUUGAAGUUGAAGUUUCUUAGCUGUGAAUUAAAUUAUAUUGCUUGCAGACAGGAAAGACUUGCUAAGUCUACCUAUGCAUAGAAAAACUUUAACUUUCAAGGUUUCAAGUUUUAAAUAACAAAAUACAAUAGCCGUUUUUAAUAAACCUUUAUUAAUAAUAAAGAAGUCUACUAGAAAAUAGCUGCUGAUAAGUCCCUUUAAAUUAACACUUUUUUUGGAAUUCAAAGAUAACUAAAGUGUUCAUCUGUCACCCCUCUCUGCCCCCGCCAGCAAAUAAAGGGUUGAAUCUCCUUUCUUCACUCACCUGAUUCCAGUGCCGGGGUCCCUCUGAAACUGCAGUCUUAUAGAUUGUAGGGUUAAGGGGACAGUGCACCCAGACCACUUCAAUAAGGUGAAGUGGUCUGUGUGCCUAUAGUGUAUCGUUAAUAAUUUGAGAUCCAGAGUCAUGACACUGAAACAAAAGUUAUCCUUGGACUUUUUUCUCAGUUGAAUAUGGUUUGUGAUCAAAAUAGUUUAAAUUCAUCACAUGCUAUUUAAAUCUUGAUCGCUCCAAAUACAUUAGGUAGAUAUACUGCUGUCCUGAUAAUAUAUAAUUUUAUUUUCAUAUUUGCAGGUUAGUCACCAUCCCCCAGUAUCUGCCUGCCAUGCCGAAUCUGAAAAAUUUGUUUUUUAUCAAGGUAAUUUUAAUACAUAUUGCUACCUGUUCUUUUAAAGUUACUAAUUCAUAAUAACCUCAUAUAUUUUCAUUCCAUUGCCUAAUGGGAAAGAGGAGAAAAGAGAUGGUUUGUGAAUAUCUGAUAAAUUACAAUUUAAUAUUUGACAUAGGGGGGGGGGAUGACUGUCUCCUUGCCAGCCAUUCCUGGUUUGUCAUGAUGGAAUUUAAUUGCCAAAAGUAAAUGGUGACUUGAAAAUAAAAUUUGACAAAUUUAGGCCAAAUUACCAAGUCGAAAAUUCUACUGAAUGUGAGAAUUAGUCCUGUACAGGUGUUUUGACCUAGAAUUGAAAUUAUUUUUCUUGUAAUUUAAUGCAUUUGUAGAACAUUGUCAAAUUGCAUCUUCAGUCAAGAUUUAUUUUACUUUUCUGUUUUCAUACUAAAAAUAGGAGUUUGAAGUCAUUUUAUGUCUAAUGUUACCAUAACGGUUUUACUUAUUUCUCUCCCUUAUGGCCUCCUAUAUAUAUUCUCCAGAUAAUGAAAACCCCUUGGCCUGGUAUCCUUGGUCAACUGGGAAGAAAUUCUUUAAUUCUAAAACUGCAUGCUUACCUUAUAUUAUUUAAAGUGUUCCUGGGAUGGUACAUACAUUUUAUCUAUACAAUUUGUGGCCAGCGUUAGUAAAGGUUCUCCCCACACCUACUUAAGUUUUUUUGGUAUAGAGACCUAUAUUGACGGCAUAGACCGGAAUGCUUUAACCUAACAUCUCGGUAACCGGUGAGAUAAACCAUCCUUAUGAUCAAUGGGAUAUGCAUUCCCUAAUGAGGUAUUAGAGCAUAAAGUGAACUUCUCACUUUAAGACUUCUUCUUCUUGCCUGGAGGUGUCUUAAUCCCCAUUGUACAGUGCUACAGAAUCUGAUGGCGCUAUAUAAAUAAUAAAAUAAUAAUCCACAGGGUCUAAGGGCACACACUCCAUUAAACUUUUUUUUUUUUUUUUACAAUUUAGUAGAUAUUACCCCAAAGAAAACUCACAUGUAUUUUUGGGGGAUGUUUUCUUUUGGGGGUCUGUAAAAUAGCAGCUCGCAUUUGCAAGUCCUCCCUUCUUUCUCCCCAGCAGCCUCUGUUUUGGAGCAGUAUUGAGAAGCCUCUGCGUUGGAGAAGUGCGCUCAUGCGGCUUUCUAAUGCUUCUCAAUGAGUUGAAAUUCAGCUCAUUGGGGAGAUGAGGCAGGCAUGCACUACUGCAAUGCACCUGUAACUUCUGUUAUCUCUGUGUAGCUAACAGAAGCGAAGAAAACCUAUCUGGCUGUCUGAGUGACCGACAAGUAGGUGUUUCUGCUCCAGAUUAUAAAAGUGCAGAUUUCUUCUGACAUUUUAUAAACUGUCACAAAUAUGACAGACUCCAGUCACAUGAAGCACUUCUGCAAGCUGACACGCUUUAUAUGCCUGACGCGUUCCUUUAAGUUUAUCUUCAUUUUGUAAUCGGCUAAACUCUAACUUUAGCUGGAAUCAUUAUAUAUGUUAAAUACACAGUUGAACAGCAUGAGAGCCUUCUGAUUAGCUGAAUUACCUCCUGGUUCAGUGGGUGCAAAUACUGUAAAGUCCAGGGGUUGGUACAGAUGCAAGAACCUUAUAGGACAUAUUUCUUAUUAAUUUAAUUUAUCUAGUUUGCAUAUUUGAAUGCACCUUUUUAAAAAUGCAUUAAGAAUUAGUCCUUUCCGGCCUGGCACGUGCCUUAUUUAUUUCAAGUUCCUUAGCUAAAAUGUCAAAAUAAUGCUAGAGAUAAGUGCAGCUAUGAGACAAUUAUUAGUAAAUAUUUGAUGGUGUGAACCCAUCCCUCAAGACCACAAUUUGGAUUGAACUAGCAGUGGGGAAGCGAAUAGCAUUCUUAUAUGCAAUAAUACAUUUCUUUUCAAAUGUUUUUAUUGUUUUAAAUAAUAAUCAUAAAAAUAACAAUUGUACAUUUUUGUCCACAUUUUAAGUCAAUAAUGUUUAGACAUUAUAGUAUAUGGACAGUGACCGAAAAAUACAAUAAUACAUUUCUAAUAAUGUGUCAAGUAUGUGGUAUAAUAAUAAUAAUCCAAAGAUGUCUGUUAUGUAAUGAUUUCGAACAAGCAGAUAAACUUCCUCUAGCUGCCCUUCUUGUUGUGAAUGGGACCAUAUGAACCCAAAAUUAUAUUAAAAAGAAAUAAAAUCUAACCUAAAACUAUUAGAAAUUAAAUAGAGGAAAACUAAAAUGAUCUAAAAUGUUUCUGUAUAUCCCUGUGGCACUUGGUUUUUUUUAUACUGCAGGCAAACAAGACAAAGGCAAAUGCUUUUGGAUUUUUAUUUAUCAUCCCCUCCAUUCCCUCCCCCAGAGAAUAAUCAUUUUUGGAAAUUAUAGAUGGACCACUGAACAGCUAAACAUCUGAUAUCCUAUUUUACUCAUAGUCCGUUUUCCUAAUUACAACUUACUGUGUUUGUGACUCAAAGACAAAAUGUAUUCCUCUAUGAAAUGAGGGCUAAAUUUAAUGUGUUAAGUGCUUUUUACAUUUGAGUUUGUCAAGAUUCCUGUACAAUGUGUUCUACAAUUUACCACAACAUGAUCAGACAUGAUAAAUCAUUAUUCCUCAUUUACUGUAAUGUUUAUGAGCCCAGCUGCAGAGCUCUCCGAUAAUUGCAGCUAUUAAUGGGUCGUGUUUCACCUUGGGAAUCACUACAUUGAUAGUAAGCUAUCUUGCAUGUUUGAAAACGAUGGCUGGGUUUGUGAUUUUAAAGUGUAAAUUGUAAUGAGAAAUGUUUUCUUGGAAUAAGGUGGUUUGUUGGUUGUUUUUUUAAAUUUUUUUUAUAAUCCAUUAGGUUUAGAGCUAAUGGCACAUUCUAUUUGAGAGAACAUACAAUGAAACCACACAGUGUUUUAGGAACCGACCCUUGGUUAUAAUGGCUUCUUCCAGGUUCAGAGAUAAUUUCUCUCAGAAUUGCUGUUAUAUUUCUGUCAAUAUGUGGAAAAGGAAUACUGCUAUAAGCAUGCAAUGGAACUAACGGUUUUAAAGUUAAUUGAUGUUUACUAUUGUUCCAUCUUAUUUACUACCCCUGGGAUAUGUCGUUUGAGAGAAAACAACCUUCUAUUUUUUUUGUUAUAAGUAGCAAAAGGAUUUUCUUAUAAUAAUUCCUGAAGCAAGAAACCACAAUCUAACAGUAUGUCUGCUAACGCAAAGCUAAUUAAUAUCUGGUAGCCAUGCUUAUUAUUUUGGAAGGUUCUGUUCUUUAACCUGUUAAAGGAACACUAUAGAGUUAGGAACACAAACAUGUGUUCCUGACCCUAUAGUGUUAAAACCACUAUCUAGCCCCUCUAAAUAUAGUCAAAUCUUACAUUUAUUCCAGUCUGCUGGUGCUGACUCUGACCCUGAUCUGCCUCCUUGGCAGACUGUCAUAGGGUUGCCACCUGGCUGGUAUUUUACAGGCAUAGCUGGUACUUGAUGCACUGUGGCCGGUGCCGGUAUUGCAAAUACAGACAAUACAAUUGACAGUAUUUUUCUUUUAAGAGAAUGUACUGCAAUAUCUGCCACCAGGGUGUGCAGUGCUCUCAGGCCAUACUAAGAAAACUUGUUGGUGCUUGGCUGUGUGGAGAGGGCUGAGAUAGGAUGUCGCAGCUUGUCCCUGCCCUCUCCACUAAUAGAGUCCGAGUGGGAGGAGCAGGAGCUGCAGGUCAAGGAGAUAGAAGCAUGGCAGCAGGAGCUGAGUCUUGUGAGCAGGUACUCGUGUGUGUUUGUAUAUAGCAGUCUGUGUGUGCCUGUAUUCAGCAAUCAGUCUGUGUGUGCGUGUAUUCGGCAGUCUGUCUGUGCGUGUAUUCGGCAGUCUGUCUGUGCGUGUAUUCGGCAGUCUGUCUGUGCGUGUAUUCGGCAGUCUGUCUGUGCGUGUAUUCGGCAGUCUGUCUGUGCGUGUAUUCGGCAGUCUGUCUGUGCGUGUAUUUGGCAAUCUGUCUGUGUGUGUAUUCGGCAGUCUGUAUUCGGCAGUCUGUAUUCGGCAAUCUGUGUGUGUAUGACUUCAGCUGCCUUUGUGUCUGUGUGUGUGUGUGUGUGUGUAUGUAUUCAUCCGUGUGUGUGUGUGUGUGUAUGUAUUCAUCCGUGUGUAUGUAUUCAUCCGUCUGUGUGUGUGUGCAUGUAUGAAUGUAUUCAGCAGUCUGUGUGUGUAUGUAUGUAUGUAUUUAGUAGUCUGCGUCUCUGUGUAUUUAGCAGUCUGUGUUUGUAUUUAGUAGCAUGUGUAUGUCAGAUGGGAGAAUGGUGAAAGUAAUGGAACCAGAAUAUCAAUCUGUUAUAAAUGGUAUGUACACACACUGUUAUAUACUAUUUACACACAGUGACAUAGACAGACAUUGUAGACACACACUCAGAGUAUACAGACAAUGACACAGGCUCAGACAACCGAAAGAUCACACUGUUAUACACAUUUAGACAACGACAAACUACUAUACACACUACUACGCACACUCAUACAGACAGUACAUACACACACUGCCUCACAUUCACAAUGCUGUACACACAGUCAAAGUACAAACAUCGUAAGUAGUUUAUUAGUGAUUUAAGGAAUGUUCUCAUUCUUGUAUGUACGUGGUGCCCUGUGAUAUCACGCAUAUAUAAUUAAUUAUGCAAAUUAGAAUGUCAAAUUAGAAGGUAUUCGCCUCUCCUAGUCAUUUUCAGCAUUGCUCGGCUCUGCCAAAUGAUUUUAUGCAGCACUUCAGGCGUCCUGUACUGCAAUGAACUUGUUUAAUUUUUGGACAUUAAAACUUUUGAGGCUGGGUAGAAUGCUAUUGUCCUACAUCAAUAACGAGUGAUAAAGUCAAAUGUCACUGUCUGCUACAUUCUGACAUGGAGAAUGUUUUUUUUUAUUCAAUUCUAUAUGUACUCUAGGUCCUACUUUAGUGAAAUAGAGUGAUCAAAACGACUUCCUGCACACUUUAAAAUCUUCCCCAAGCCUAGACUCCUUUAAGAGAUCCCUCUCUACAUACCUCAAAACAGAAUGCACCUGUCAUGGUUGAUUAUAUAUUUCCUACCUGUUCUAUGUUAAAUUUUGUAUAUAUUGUGUCUUUAAUAUUGUUUUUGUAUUUUAUUGUACCAUAAUGUAUCAAUGCAAUGUUUUGUGGACCCAGGACAUACCCAGGACAGAAAUCUCAAUGUAUCUUUCCUGGUAAAAUAUUUUAUAAAUAAAUAUAUUGAUUCCUGAAGGCUUUUGAGAGUGUAGGAUAUUUUUUGUCAGUAUUUUAUAUACCUGCGUGAUGCAUUCCCUUUUUUGGCCCAAUUAAUGAUUGUGAGUUCACAAAAGAGGGUAUGAAACUAUGCAGCAGUUGUUCUGCCGCUCUGAGGACUCCUUUGUUGACAUCAAACCAAAAUGUGUUGAGCAGUUUUUAGAACUCUUCCUAUGCCAUUCAGCGGAACAAGUGACUAACCUGAUAUUAUCUGAUGGAAGGCCCAAUCAAGGCAGAGGUUAUCAAACUUUUGUCUGGAGCCCUUGCCCUGCCACAUAUGUGCUACGAUGGUAGAUUGUAUGGAGGUAAAGAUGGCUUUGGGAGACCCAGAGGUAAUGUCUACAAUAAAUAUCACUUUCUUGGGAAGUUUUCUUUUUUUUUUUUUUUUUCAACUCCAACUAAAAUAUAAGGUGUAAUGUACAGAACUGUCCAUUUUUACAUGUGUUAUAAGCAAAAACAUCUUAUCUUUACUCAAAACUAAAUCAUUACUUCCAAAUUUGCUGUUUAUUUUUCUUUUCCUUCCUAUAAAUACAUUUGAAAAAUUGUCUGCAAUGAUACAAAACAAGAGGAACAAUUAUUUAACCAAUGACUCCCUCUAGUGGAGAAAUGUAGAACUUUCAUUUCUGGUGAUACUACGCGAAGCAAUCAGCAUUUGACUUAUUUAAAAUAGAUGUAGGAAGCAUGCAGUAUAAAAUGAAUAGUUGAAACAUGAUGUAUAUAAGCAUCCUUUUAAAAAAAAAAAAAAAAUCAUCAUUUUUUUAUUUUUAUCAUAGCUCAUUAUAACUCAAAUUGAACGACCGAGUUCCGUUCCUACGAUGGUUGUUAAGUGAGGACCGCCUUUUUCCUCCAGGUGAAUCUAAUGCGCGUUCAGAUUUUGAAAACUUAUUAUUUUGCGCAUUAGAUUCGAGUAAAUACUGUAUUUAUAUUUGUAUAUUUAAUUAUUCCUUACAGGUAUACUGGUGGCUUCUCAUUCACUUGUUAUGUUAUAUUAUACAGUAUUAUGUCAUAAAUGAGUAAUGUUAAUAUUAGUAAAUAUUAAAACAUGGUAAAAUUGAAAAUGUAAAUUAUUAGCAGAAAUAAUGUGUACGUUUAUUGUCAUGCAUAAGGAAUAAUGAGGAAUAUUUUAAAUAUAGAGAGGUUUUCUUCUGUUUCAGAUAUCCGGUGGAAAAAUAAAUUUUGGGGCAAAUCUAUGGAAAUUGUUCCUAUUGGUAUAACACAUCUGGUCUUACCAGGGUAAGUCUGUGUAUUUCAAUCACAGAAAGUUUUAAAAGUGAAGCAGUUACCGUGGAAACCCCUUACUUAUUUUGUUAUUUAAUUACUGAAGGUCAGGGGACCAUUAUGAAUGGAAUAAGGUGACCUCUUGUAUCCAUAACAUUUUAAGCGGUCAGAGAUGGAUUGAACACUACGGAGAGAUCAUAAUCAAGAAUACCAAAAAUAGCAGCUGUCACUGCAAAGUAACCUUUAUGAAGGUAUGUUUUUAAAGUCUGUUUAUGCAGUGUGUAGUGUUUGUUUCUCAGAAUGUGUAUUAAGACGUGUUUGAAGGUACUAGUGCAAGAGAUUAUGGAAAAAUACAGAGCUAGGAUUUCCACAUACACAAGAUCUCAAAAAGAAACUUCUAACUGAAAGAAUCCAUCAUAAAAUAAUUCACUUACUUGUAAUAAACAGAAUUAUUAAUGAGCCUUUUUUGUUAAUGUUUAUCGGAUGGUCAUGUCUGACUAUGCAACAGAACAUUUUAUGCCAAUUCCUGAAAAUGUUAGCACAAUACAUUCCACUUGUCAUACUCGUACCCUGUAUCAUGCGUGCCCAAAAGGUAGAUUCCCCAUAUGUUGCUUUGCAUGCCUUUAGAAUGACAAUGCAUCGUGGACGCUGUAGUUUUAAAACAUCUGGGGAUCUACCUUUUGGCACCCCUGCUCUGUAUUCAUUUUACCUUAGUGAUUCCUAAUUGUUUUUGUGAGGCUAAUUUCGGUAGAUAAUGUACGGUAAAUUUCUUUAUGCAAGUAAACGCUGAAUUUCUGCCAGUCUAGCCUUCAGAAUGUUGAUAUGUAAACACCACCAUUUAUAUUGCUUGGUAAAUACUCCCCUGCUAUGUGAUCCAAUGACAUGGUUGAUUUAUAGUGAUGUCCCGAACGGUUCGCCGCGGACGGCGAACAUAUGCGCUGUUUGGUCCGCCCCCUAUGUCAUCAUUGAGUAAGCUUUGACCCAGUACCUCACAGUCAGCAGACACAUUCCAGCCAAUCAGCAGCAGACCCUCCCUCCCAGAUCCUCUCACCUCCUGGACAGCAUCCAUUUUACAUUCAUUGUGAAGCUGCAUUCUUAGUGAGCUGUCCAGGAGGUGGGAGGGAGGGUCUGCUGCUGAUUGGCUGGAAUGUGUCUGCUGACUGUGAGGUACAGGGUCAAAGUUUACUCAAUGAUGACAUGGGGGCGGACCGAACAGCGCAUAUGUUCGCCAUCCGUGGCGAACCGUUCAGGACAUCACUACUGAUUUAUAUUUAAAGGGACACUAUAGUCACCAGAACAACUACAGCUUAAUGUAGUUGUUCUGGUGAGUAUAAUAGCUCCCUUCAGGCAUUUUCAUGUAAAAGACAGUGUUAAAUUGCCCCUAUGGACACCUCCAAGUGGCCACUCCUUAGAUGGCCACUGGAGGGACUUCCUGGCUCAGGGCUGCACAGUAAGCAGCCCUGCCAUUCAAUGUCCCCAUGCUCUGCAUGGAGACACUGAACUUUCCACAUAGAGAUGCAUUGAUUCUAGUGUCAGGAAUACAUAUUUGUUUUCCUGACCCUAUAGUGAUCCUUUAACAAUCAUUGUUUUUGUAGCCCACCUUCCUUUUGAUACUCUGUCUAUAUUUCAAUCAUUUAUUUAUUUUGCUGCUUUAAAAAUACUUUUAGAUUGACCGAUCAUUUAAAACCUUCUUGAACAGGCAAAAUAUUGGAACCCAAAUGUACAUGAAGUUGAAGGAACAAUCAUGGACAGGAGUGGCAAAGUGGUGCAUCGGUUGUUUGGAAAAUGGCAUGAGAGCCUGUUCUGCGGUUCAUCUUCAUCCCCAACCUGCAUAUGGAGAGCAAGUAAGUGUUUGCACAAGUGUUUGUUGGCACAUUCUAGAAGACAUUCUGGACUUAAAGGGACACUAUAGUCACCCUGACCACUUUGUCUCAUUGAAGUGGUCUGGUAGAAAUUUCCAUGUCCCACAUAGUCCUGCACUGUAAAUCAUUACAGUUUUUGAGAAACUGCAAUAAUUACAUUGUAGGACUAAGACUGCCUCUAGUGGCUGUCAAUGGCAUGUGCAUUAGCCUCCCCUGUCAGAUGACCCAACGCAGAGGGACAUUGACGUUAGAAUUGGGUAAGUGACUAAAGUUUUUUUUUUUAACCCUUAGGCUGCCGGGAGAGGGAGGCGCAAGGAAGGGGAGACCAGAGGGCUCUAUAGUGUUAGGGAUACAGACUUGAAUUCCUAACACUAUAGAAUACCUUUUAGAUGCUGUUUUAAAGUAUAAAAACAAAGGAUAUACCUGCAGAUUGAAGAUUUCCUUAGAUACAUUUGUUUUUUUUAUGUAUUAUGAAGGCACCACUCUACAUAAUGCUUUCCCAGGUACUGAUCAAUGUACCCUUCUCUACUGCAAGUAAUUUAACAAUCUUGAAAUACAGCUAAUUUGUAAAAGAGCAGUAACGUAGCUUAAGAUAAAUACUCCUAAAGGCCAAGGAAAUAGGAAUGAUAUGUGAAUCUUAAAUAUUACAUAUUCUAUACCUGUAUUGACAUAAAUAUUAGUACAAAGCUGAAUUUCACUUCCAGUGCCGUGACAUAUUUUACUUUUAUAUUUUCCAAUUUGGAACAACUGGCAGGCAAGACAUUAAUGUUGUCAUGUAUUACUUUAAAUCAAAUUACCAUCAGCACUAUAAAGUUAAAAAAAAACACCAAACCCUCCCUCUUCCUCAAGAGCUUCAGCUUUUACGAAAUGCUAGUUAAAUUGUGAAUAAAGUUAUUACAUAUUUAAUGAAUACAGAUGUUGGAACGUUGACAAUUGCUUUUAUGGCAAGAAAAUUAGCUUAACAAACAAGUAAAUAAUGUAUGUUCUACAACACCCCCAGUGAAAAGUCCACGGUAUGUCUGGUUUAGUGUUCUACAUACAGACCAUAUAUGAAACAGCUCAAAGUGAAUUUAUUGUUUACAAUUUUCCAUGACAAACAAGACUUGGUUUAAAAGCCAUACCUGCACACUAUAAAGUAACACUCCGAUGUCAGAGACAGGAAUAAAGCCAUUUCAGCUUUUAUUGAGCAUUCCCAUAUUCUAAUGAAAUCUCAUGUUUCUAUCAAACAACCUUUUUUGUUUUAGUAACCGUUAAUUAAAAUCUAAUAGUAACUAAGAAUGAUCCCUAUUAUACUUCCUAUUAAAAUAGAAUUUAACGUGUGUCUGCUUGCUUCUCCAUUAGAUCCAAUGCCUAAGGACUUUGAGCUGUAUUAUGGAUUCACAAAGUUCGCACUGGAACUUAAUGAAAUGGACCCAAAGAUAAAGCCAUUCCUGCCUGGGACGGACACCAGAUAUAGACCAGACCAAAGGUGACAAACUAAAAUAAUAUUGGCUAAUGCAUGUAUUCACAGAAGAGACACCCCAUUGUAUUUGCAAUUUUAUUAUUAGUUGUAAUCCGAAUGACCCAAAAUGAUCAGCCAUGGAUUUACCUGGACUUAUCUGCAUGGUUCAUUGGUAGAAGCUUCUGACAUUAUUAAGUUACGCAUUAUUAAAAUGGCUCUAUCACCAUCUGGGGUCUUUGAAUGUUUUGCGAACACCCCCAAUGGUGUCUGCUUUGCUUGGUGGCCGUGGGGUGUAGGGGAAGGGGAGUUUUACUUUCCUGAACUUGUCCCUCACAGCUGACAUUAUGAUCUUCCUGGUGGAAGCAGGAAUGUCUAUGGUAGGUCCCCGGGAUCCUCCAAGGGCAUGGAUUUUUCCCUAUGGCUGUCACAAGUGAUGACUGGAGGAAAUGGCAAAAGUUGACUUGAUAGGUUUUGUCAAGCCUAUGAAAUAUACUACUAUACUAUAUAGAAUAGUCCCUACUCUGUCUUAGUAUAUCUUUUGUCAAUGUGAGUAUUUUAUUAAAAACAUUUAUGAAAUACUCAUUUUUGUGGGGCAGUGGACUGACAGAACCACUUUAAAUGGAGAUCAAGUCACAAUACUCCCACCAGACACUACCAUGUCUACCAUGAAGUUUCUGUGGUACAUAUUCUAUACAUCCCUGUUGUUGACUACCCUCUAGUGUCUGCUGGUGUUGCUGGAAGAUCAGUAAUUCUGGAGAUGUGCUGCAAAUGAGGUUCAAAUGUAUUUUUAGUAAAUAUUAUUUUAUUGGAAAGGGAGCAUGCUACCUGCUGAGCAAGAUGACAGGUUAAAAUUUUGCUCCGGCACAUUGGCUCCUCAACACGAUUUCCGACCUACAAAAACGAACAUGUCUCAAAAUCCAGCAGAGAUAACUCUAAACCGUCUGGAGACACUGAACUUUCCUCAUAGAGAUGCAUUGAUUCGAUGGAUCUCUGUGAGGAGAUGCUGACUGACCAGGGCUGUGUUUGGCUUGUGCUGGCUCUGCCCUUGAUCGGCCUCCUUGACAGUCUCAGCUAAUCCUGUGGGAAGGCAUUGUGAUUGGCUCAGAGAGUCACAUCUGAUGAUGUCAGCCAAGCAGGCAGAUCAGAGGCAGCAGCUGCAGACUUGAAUACAAGUAAUAUUUUACUAUAUUUAGGGGGGGCAAGGGUUUGCCAGAGGGGAUAAAUUGUGGUUUUAACACUAUAGGGUCAGGAAAAUAUGUUUGUGUUCCUGAGCCUAUAGUGUUCCUUUAAUGUUAAGUGAUCCAGAAACUUCAUUACCACACUUUCAUUUUAUCCUAGUGGCAUAUAGUAAAUGUUCUUAUUACAUAUUGAACUUCUCAAAGACAUAAGCAUUAAAGGACCACCAUAGGCCCAUAUAGGGUUAACCCUGCAGCUGUAAACAUAGCAGAAACUGCUAUGUUUACAUUAGGGUUAAUCCAGCCUCUAGUGGCUUUCUCAUUGAAGACGCUGCCGUUUAUAGGAAAGCAUUGAGAAAUGCUUUCCUAUUGACUGAUUGAAUGCGUGCGCGGCUCUUGCCGCGCAUGCGCAUUCAGCGCUGACGUCGGAAGAGAGAGGUGAUUUCCCCGGUGCUGUAGAAAGGUAAUUGUUUAACCCCUUAACGCCUCUUGAGCCCGGCGGGAGGGACCCAAAGACCCUAUAGUGCCAGGAAAACUCGUUUAUUUUCCUGGCACUAUAGUCGUACUUUAGGUAAGGGAGUCCCAACAGAAACGUUGCAGCUUCUGAAAAGACUAUAUAAUUAUGACUGGCAUAUGGACCACAUAACCUUCCUGGGCGUAGCAUUCACAAAGGUUCAGGCCAAAUUAUUUCAAGCCAAUUAUGCUAAACUAUUUGCAAAACUUAAACAGCAGCUGCAGGAAUGGAGACCCUUAUUCCUUUCCUGGAUGGUGCGAACAGCAGCCACAAAAAUGAUUGUACUUCAUAAAUUAAAAUACCUGUCUCGCUCUUUACCAAUACACAUACCCCACACUUACUUCAGCACAAAUACAACACUGGGUUUCGAGGUUUGUGUGGAAUGGUAAACGAUCGUGCAUAGCGAUGAAAACUAUUCAGCAUCCAGUCUGGGUGGGAUGAGCCUCCCCAAUUUUAAAUGCUACAAUCGUGCAGCAAUACCAAGCAGCAUACUAAAGGCACUAACUGCUACAAAGGAACCACACUGGAAGCCGAUAGAAUCGGGAUGGGAAGGCAAUAAAGAGAUUUUAUUGCAUGUAUCCCACUUAGCAACAAGACCACACACCUCUGACUGUCUGCCAUCCACGACCUUAACACUAUCCUGAUGACUGACUAGCUAUUCUCCUAUAUCCCUCGCUAUGCCUCUUGGGAAUUUGGGAAUGGCAUGGAUUUAAUUUUCUACACCAAUUGUACAUAGAUCACACCCUUAUGUCAUUUGCAAUACUACAACAAAACCACACAAUGCCAACCAUAGCACACUACUCGUACUUACAGCUGUGUUUCUGACUCAAAAACAAUCUCUCUCAGCAUACUUUUGUAAAUGGUCAGAAGCUGACGGACUUUGAGAGUGUGUAUGUAGGUCUCAACUCCCCCCACCCCAAAAAAAGCUUAUCUCCUCAAUAUACGCAGCUCUGCCCCAGAAAACCAAACUGAAAGACUACUGCUUUAUUAAUGCAUGGGAACCUGAAUUAAAUGAAUCAAACCUUGAGCAAGCAUGAGAACAAAUGAUUAUAAACUCCAAAAGCUUAACCCUAUGCUCCAAACAUAUCGAUUUGGCAACCAAACUCACCUACCGGUAUUAUUUAACUCCAACCCCCCUACAUUGCAUCGGCCCAACCAAAUCCAACCAGUGUGGGAGAUGCAUGCCAGGACUUGGAAACAUGUCACAUAUAUGGUGGAGCUGCCCAGAGCUCACUAGCUUCUGGUGAAAUAGUGCCAAGCUCAUCAAGCACAGACAUACAUCUACCUCCCCUACUAGAAAAGUUUGUACUCUUAAAUUUCCCAAAUACAAUACCGAAAACAGAGCAAUAUUUAAUAUUCCAUAUUAUUAACGUGUCCCUCUCCUCUAUUGCGUGAAACUGGUCCACACAAAUGAUCCCUACAAUACAGAUGUGCAUACAACUAAUUAAUCAAGCAAGUUUGUAUGAAUUAGCUAUCAGAAAACAAAACACACAAAAACACUCAAAUUAUAGCAAUUACUGGGAGACAGCCUGGGGAAAGUGGAACGAUUUUGCUGGGAUAUGUGGAGCCAUGCACAAUACCACGCAAACUUCUGUCCGACAGCUAUGCCCAUUAAUGCAUGAACGAAUGGUAUACUAUUAUAAACCCCACACAACUGCAAUAGCACAAAUAGUUGUACUUCAUGGUACCCUAAUGGAAUGCAUAGAUUCACUAAACUGUGAUUUUGCACCCCAAUCAACCCCCCAACAUGGCACACUUACGACACCUAUUAUGCAUAAACAAUUGGUCAUCUGGGGAGGUGAAUAUAGGAAUGCAAAUUUCGUAAAUUCCCUUCCCCCUCUUGACUUUCCUAUCCCUCCCUUACCAAGUUCACAAAUUUAGACUCAGGCCGUGCAGCGAAAUCUGCCUAAAUAUGCUUCACCACUGUUUUGAUAUUUUGAAGCCAUUCUGUUUACCUCUUCAAUUGUCUUUGUAUAACUUGACGAGUAAACCAAUGAUGAUUUCAUAUGUGUAUACUUAUUGCUCUAACCUGAGCCUUAAUAAAAUUACGAUUAGCAAAAAAAUAUAUAUUCUCUAUCCAUUAUCUCACUAAAAUAUAGAGAAUUAACCCAAUCUAGAGUGUCUUUUUAACAGUAAAGUGUCAAAAUAUUGUGCAUAAACUCGCAUAUCUACAUUGUACAAAACAACCCUGAUAAAUGUGUUUCUGUGUACUUCAGCCCCAUGAUGACUGUUUCAACAAACUCUUUUAACUGGACUUCAUGUUAUAAACACAAUUAUGUUUUUACAGAUACCUGGAAGAAGGAAAUGUUGAAGGAGCAGAGUUGCAAAAACAAAGGAUUGAGCAGCUGCAGAGAGAAAGGAGAAGAGUUCUGGAAGAUAAUGGCAUGGAGCAUCAGCCACGUUUUUUCAGGUGGGGUGUAAUCCAUAAUUUAUCACAGAAUCGAAUGCUUUCAAGAAUGUAUCAUCAGUAUACUUUAAAUAGGAAGUGUCACUUCUCUAGAAAUUACACCUCUGAAUAAUACAUUAAAAACCACUUAGAACUUGUGUUAACCCUUUUCCAUAUGAUUGUUUGUUUUUCUUUUAAAUAUAUAUUUAGCAAGUUACAUCACAAUGCAGUUCAGAUAAGGCACAACCAAGGCACACAAUGCAAAUGAGGAGGAAAACAAAAACGUACGUUCAAUGGCAGGAAAUGGCAACAUUUAUAACAAUGAUUGAUGGGAAGAUGAGAUAAAGCACGGUUUAUAGCCUCAAUAUUACAUAUUUGCAAAAUAUAGUGGAUAAUUAAGAAUAUUAAAAUCCUGGGAAGCACAGUUCCAUUUUAAAGUGGUACAAUUGUUUAAACAUAAUCUCUUUCUACAUUUUGAAUUUUCCCAUUGAGAUGCCAGUUCUUCUCUACCAAUGAAUAGCCUUUCUUGAAUGUUGAUUAAUAAGUUAGUGUAAUUAUUAUGAUAACUUCCCUGUGGCCAGGCAUGUUCGUCAAACAUGACCUGUUGACUCAUACCUCUUGCAAUGCAAUGCAAUAAGAUUAUGUGUAUUCUCUAUCCAUUGUUUAACAAGCUUUGUCUAUUUUUUCCCUGUAAAAUAAAAACUGAUAUUUAUCACUGACAAAGCAUUCCUUUACUCCACAGUAAGUCCAGUGAUGAAUCGUGGGUAUCAAAUGGCACUUACUGGCAGUUGCGAAAAGAUCCAGGAUUUGCUAAAAUGGACUGUCCGAUACUGUGGUGA